GCUGGCUGCGUGCGUGCGUGCGUGCGUCGAGGUGACGGAGCGGGCCGGACGCGUCCCUUUGUUGGCUCAGCGGCGCCUGUGAGGAGAAGCAGCAGCAGCAGCAGCGGGCAGAGGCAGCAGCGGCGGGUGUUUGUUAUCGGUCCGCCGAAGGGAGGCGGCCAGGCCGGAGACUUCGAGUCCGCCCGUGCCCCCGGCGGCCCGCUGGGGCCGGCCCCGCUCCGCGCCCCUCUCUCCCCGCCGCUCCAGCCGCCGCCGCCUCAGCCGCCGCCAUGGACUCGGACGAAGGCUACAACUACGAGUUCGACGAGGACGAGGAGUGCAGCGAGGACAGCGGCGCCGAGGAGGAUGAGGACGAGCCCGACGACGAGGACGAGCCCGACGACGACAACCUGGACCUGGGCGAGGUGGAGCUGGUGGAGCCCGGGCUGGGCGUGGGCGGCGAGCGCGACGGGCUGCUGUGCGGCGAGACGGGAGGCCUGGGCCCCGGCGGCGGGAGCGGCGGAGGCCUGGGCAGCAGCGGCCUGGGCGGGCCGGGCCCCGGCGGAGGGCUGGGCCACGAGCAGGAGGAGGAUUACCGCUACGAGGUCCUGACGGCCGAGCAGAUCCUGCAGCACAUGGUGGAGUGCAUCCGAGAGGUCAACGAGGUCAUCCAGGUGCGCGCGCGGGGCCCGGCCGGCUCGAGGGGGCCCCCGGCUUGGCUUGCACGCGGCGGGUGGCGGAGGAGGAGAGGAGCGGAGCAGCCGCGGCUGGAGGAAGCUCGGGGGGGUGGCGGGGGAGAGGGAAGGGGUGGGCGCUGCUCGUGCAGGAAUGCGGGCCGUGGAGGGCCAGGAGGAUCGGCCGCGGCCUGCUCCAGCCACGCCUUCGCACAAGCGCUUCGCCCAGCCAGCGAGCUGCUUGGGAGGCCCUUGCUUUUCCUCCCCCGUCCUCCCUCUCUAAGCUCUUAUUUCUGCCUCUUGGCAGGGGCGAUGCGGAGGGGGGAGCAGGAUGAAUGAGGAGCAAUGGCUCGGGGUGCCGUUGUCUUGUUGCGAUGGGGGGAAGGAAGGGGGUAUGUGCUCAAGCGGGUGUUGCCGGCUGUGUUAGUGUGUGUGCGCUCAGGGUUUUCAGUGAACCCGGCGUGGCAGCCGAAUGGGCCUUGCUGCGUUAGAAACAGCGGCUUUGUGGAACUUUAAACCAACAAACAAAAUAGCCUACGCUUAUACGAGCUGGAGUUCCCUGAUGCAUAAAGCAUUGUUUCCAGUUGGAAGAAAGAGAGGCGGAUAUAUACACACACUCUUACUUGUAAGCAGUGGAGGGUGACUAAUAGCCAUGAAAUGCAUGUGUAUGCAUAGCCUGUGACAAUUCUCUGUGGGCCUUAAAUGUGUAUAUGCCAUCCCUAUUAUCAUCAGAAAUAAUCGAUGUUAACACAGUUAUCUUAGACUUUUUAAAGAACUGUAGCCUGUAGUCAGCCAGGAAACCAUUGUCCAGAAGGCUGUACCCCUAUGAUCCCUAGCCAUCUUUUUAAAAGCUUCUGGACUGUGAACUUAGGGAUUGCACCCAGGCCCAAGAAUUGAGCCCCAACAAUCCUUUGUAGAGUGUGCCUUCUGGAUUGUGCUGUGCAGCUUUUCAGUAUUGCAAAAUAAAAGCAACAAAAUAAAAGCAAUAAAAGGCAGGGCUCAAGAAUGUGUGUGUGUGGAGUGGUGUUGGUCUGGAGUUUUUAGGUAGUGUUGUGGCCUUGUGAGCUGUAUAGUGUCGAUAUUCUUUAGUCUGCACCCACAUGUUUAGAAACACUCGUUCAUGUUGCACUUUUUGCAGGUUCCACAGAUACUAGAACUUUAUCAGAACUAGGGUUAAUCAUACUUCAAGUAGUUCCAUUGAAAUUGAUGGACACAACUAGCUUCAGUACAUUAAUUUCAGUGGGUUUGUGCUGAAUAGUUGCCAGGUCUGCUAGAAGGGCGAUGAGCCUCCCAAAUGCCAAGGGGUCUCAUCUGUCUGACAUAAUGCUUUUUGGCUACAGUAAAAUAUGAGUUUGGGGACAUGGAGAUGCCGUUAUAAUAUUUUAGGGUGGUGUGUGUUAAAAUUCCACUUCGUGCAAAAUAAAUUGUGUAUUGAUUUUUGUGAACAAUUUUAUUCCUAAUAAUGGUCAUGAAGCUAGAUGGUGAUUAAAUCUUUUUAGUUCUAACCAAUCAUUCAUAUUAGGCAUCCUUACAUGUUGCUAUCUUGAAGCUGGUUCUUCUGGUAGAACUAGGAAAAUCUCAUGCUUUUAUCUGAGUAUUUUACUGUGCCUUUCAGUCCUCAAGAUGCCUAGGGUGUGUGACCCCGCCCCCCCUUACACAGACAAUAACUAUUAAGAUAGGCAGGCAGGCAAUAUUCUGUUAGCAUCUUCACCAUCGUGAACUUACAACCAUAUUUAAUGGUUUGCCUUUAGAUAAUAUACCAGAAUAAAACAUAAGUGCUCCCCUACACAUACUGAUCUUGCUGAAAAGUCAUUGAUUCCUGCAAAAUAUCAUUUGACUUAAUCAGGAAAGUUAAUGACAGAUUAACAUGAUUCAGGAGCACUCUGUCUUAGGUACUAAAGAAGGUGUUAAGCUAUGGAAGUUUUGAUUCUAAUUUUGUUUGGUUCAAGUUGCUUUUCUUGUUUGGCAACCAUGUUACUUCUGGUUGGUAGGAAUAAUUGUCCUCCCUUGUCUCACAGGUUAGUUGCCAUAGCAGGGGGUAGGCAAUCAGUGGCUUACAUAAAACGCUUUGAAAACUUCUUCCUUAAGCAGCUCCUUUGUUUGGAUCAACUAGGAGAGGAAGUUACUUUGAUGAUAAAAGUACAGGCAUCCUUACUUUGCAUGGUGUUCACAUGGUUGCCGAACUUGGAUAUAACAUAGAAGAUAAGUUGCAUGGUGCCCUGACUGAUUUUGGCCCCAUCUGUACCAUACAUUUAAAGCAGUAUCACUUUAGAGGUUCAUCACUUCCCCUAAGAAUCCUGGGAAGUGUCUUUUGUUAAGAGUGCUGAGAGUUGUUAUUCCACAGCACAGUAUUCCCCUCACAGAGCUUCAGUUCUCGCAAGAGUCAGUCCCUCUUCCCAGGUAGCUCUGUAAGGUGAAUGUUGGUCUCCCAACAGCUUCUCAGCACUUUAACAAAUGACAUUUCCCAGCAUUCUUUGUGUGAAUCCAUUACUCUUUAACGUGAUAUACCUUAAAGAGUACCUUAAAUGUAUAGUGCAGAUGGGACCUUUGUUUUACGGCAUGUGUGUGUUGUAACCAUUUCCUAGCAAAUACUUUGCCAAAUCAAAAUCUCCCUCCUGUCCUUUGAGCGGAAAAGAGAUGUAGUACUGGUAUAUCUGGCAGGUGGAAAAAGCAGUAGGAGAGGGGGGCAGCAUUCUAACAUUUAUUUUAACUGUGAUGAGACAGGAGAGAAGCUAGGAUUGGAAAAUGCAUUCAGAUGAUGCAGAGAGGCUCUUACUGCCAUUCUUCUACAUUUAGAUAUCACAGUGAUUUGGCCCUAAACAUGACUAAAGAGAAGGGGCAGUGCUUUUUUUCCUGGGGAGGAUGCAGGGGUACGCAUACCCCUAAACAUUUUAUUAAUCUAAGUUUGGCCUCAUUGAAGGGCAGUAUUUCAGUAUGAGUAGGAAAAUGAGAGUACUCCUAAGCAUUUUUUUAAAGGAAAAAAGCAUUGAGAAGGGGUAGCCAUGAACCUAUUUGGGGUCCUAGAGGUUUCUCUCCUAUUUCCAACAGAAGACCUGCAUGUCAGUUUUAUAUUGGGCGUAAAACUCUCAGCUUCCAGCCCUAAAUCUAUAGAGUUAAACUGAAAGCAAACUGAGCCCAAACUUUUUUAAGGGCCUUCACUGAUGUGGUGAGAAGAAUGUGAGAGGUAGUGUACUUUGCCCUGUAGAUUGCAGCUGCUGUGUCAUUAUCUGUUCUUCUUACCCACCCUGUUUGCAGCCUGACAGUUUGCACUUUAAAUACAACAAAGUUUUGCAUAACAGGGAGGGCUGCAAUAGAUUCUGACUUCACAGCAAGUAGGAAAAUACUUGUGAAGUAACUUGUAGCACAAUUUGUGUACUUUUGUCAUUCGAAGUCAUGUUGGCUACUUCACAUUAGUAUUGAAACUCUUGCUUUUGGGGAACCUUUAGCCUUAAGGUUUAGUCCUUUGGUGAUUUUUUUUUAAGGCAAGAUGAAAAAUGGCUGCAGUUUGAUUUCAAAUUGCAAGGGUUGGGUGGUUGUUAUUGCAGAGUGAGUUAACAGUGGGUGUGGAUGCAUUGCUUCUGCAUCAAUUCUGUUCAAGUAGACCCUGAUCUUAAGCUUAUCUCUUCUUAAUCUGUAGUGUGAGAUAUGUAAGAAGUGUGUAUCUUGGUAUAUUUGUGUCUGACACUUCAAGGUCAAACAUAAGAUUGGAGUUUUAUUCAGGGAGCAAAUGUGCUUGGUCAACUGGAUCUCCAGUCCCAGCCUGCUGCUGUUGGGUUAUAUGAUCAGCUUCCCAGCUCUUGCUCCUCAGGUCUUCAGUUUUUGUGAGGCUGAGCUAGCACAUGCUUUUUACUUGCUUAACCACUUCUACCUUGUGAUAUAUUGAAGUUGUCUUCAAUAUAUUACCCAGCAAACAGAAACUUUAGAAUGAAUGCCUUCUGGGUUGUUGGUUUUGUGUGUGUGACAGACACAGGAAUGACUUACCACUCUGUAAUGAUGGAAUGAGGUGGGGUUACUUACUCAGUCUUAAAAUCUGCAUCAAAAGUCUAUAAUGAGCAGGAGGGAGCAGUUCAGCUAACUUAUAUAACAUCACAUGUUCAUGUUUACAUACUACUUUUGCAAGCAUGCUGAAUGCUAAGUUAUCAUUAGUUAUUUUGCUGAAUUCUUAUCCAGGCACCAUGGUUCUCAAAUGUGAGUUAUUUAUUGAAAAGUCCUGAAAUAGGCUUUGGAAAUUAUCAGAACACUGUUGCAUUACUACUUAUGUUUCUGAAUCUGAAGUGCUUGAGUCCACUUAACGCAAGAUAUUUUAGUUUUUGGAAAACAUACCAGAAUACAGAAUACCAAGCUAGUGUCAGACAGAAGUAAAUGCAUGUGUUGGUAUUUGUUCUUAUGCAAGUGAAAACUAAUCCUUUCCUAAUUGUUGAUUGCUUGUAUUUUAAAGGUUAAGUGCACAGACCUAACAUUCUUUGAAAAUUGAAGCCAUUAAACAUUAUUUCCCUUAGGCUUUGAGCAGAGGGUUAGAGAAGAGAGGGGAAGCUGAACAUUAAAUGCAUUAAAUGACUUACCAGUUACCACAUAAAAUGCUACUUGGUACAUUGUGAAUUAAUAAAAUUAACACAUUUUGAUUCUGACAAUAAUCAGGUAUAUUUUUGAUAUGAGAGAUGGAACUACAAGCUGCUACAGUCUAAAGUAACUAAGCAUAUCCCCAUGACCAUGAAGAAAUAAAUUCAUUUUUUUAGAGACAACUCAAAUGAAUGAAUACAAGUAGGCUUCUGAAUAGCUUCUUGCCUAGUGAUAAGAAAUGCACACAAGCUCUUCUAAUAGAAAGAUUUGAUCUAUUUUGCUUUUACUUUGGGACUAGUGAUGUUGUAUAAAAUUGUUAUGUUGACAGUCAGGCUUGCAACUUGCUUGCAAUACUUCCCUAUAAAGUAGCUAGUACUUUUUCUCUGUACGUUCUCGUCGGAUAGUUUUUCUUCACUUUUUCCAUAUGGGACUUUGCAUGGAAGAAGAGAAUACUACUGAAACUUCUUAAGCUUUUGAGUGUUAUGCCUCAAUAUGUGUAGUAGGAUAGGGGGUUUUGCACAUAGAUACGUGUUUGCAUUAGUGAGAACUCACAUAGAUACCUGUUGGACACAUGCUCUGGCUUACUCCAGAAGGGAGGGAAGAGGAUUGACAAACACCCAGACUUGGUCCAAGAACAGUUCUGGAGCUGCUGCUUCACCAACAUCUCCUUGUUUUCUCCCUUUUGUGGGCAGCCCUGCAAACAGAGUCCAGAUUCUGUUGUGUUCUCUGCCUCCUUACUUGUGAGGAAACUGUAUUUGUGGCCCCUGGCUUGAGGAAUAUUUUGUUCCCUUUGUCCUGAGGUCAGCUGCUAGGAAGACACAGCUACCCAUGGCCUCUGUAACAACACUGCUGUUUGUUUCUUUUCUGAUUUCUCUUCUCCCCCAAAUUUCCUUCACCCUCUUCUCUCACUUUAGACUCCAUUCUUGUCCAGUGGGCUUGUGCCACAAAUUGAAGUAACAGAAUCCAUGUGUUUAGCUAUCUUCUCAUAUUGUAUCUGGAACCAAUGGGUUAUGGCAGUGGUUUUCAACCAGUGUGCCAUGGCACCCUGGGGUGCCUUGAAUUACGGUCAUGGGUGCCGGAGACAAUACUAGCCUCUGACCUUCUCGCUCGCCUUCCCUUCCUCCCCUGAUGCCCUCUUGCAUCUCUGCCUCCCAAAGGUUUGUGCAGCUGUUUGAUGCAGCAGCCUUGGCUACUAGCUCCCCAAGCGAAUGGUGCUUCUGGGGCUGGCCAGGGGUUACUUUCCAGGUUCCUGUGGAACAGUGUGAGGAGAGGAGGCUGAGGGAACACUCCUUAAGGGAGCGUGAGGAGCUACCGGCUCUGCAGGCAGGGGGUGACAAAACUGGGCUCCUGAUCCCCACAGGGGUGCUGCAGAAAGAAUGUACAGUCAUCCCUCUGGUUGUGUUUGCUUCAUGUGUAUACUUCCAGGUUUUGACGCGUGCGCAGAAGCGAUCUGCGCACUUCGCACAUGUGCAGAAGCGCACGUGCAGUAGCAGCACUCUACUUAUGGACUUUUCGGGCUGCAAGCGGCACCCCAAAACAGAUCACAUUCGUAAGUAGAGGUACCACUGUAGUUGGUCAAGGGAGUUGUCGACCCAAAAAGAUUGAAAACCUCUGGGUUAUGACACACUAGCAUGCUUUGGAACUGUUAUUACAUCAUGUGAUAAAUAUGAUUCUUAAGACCCAAGGAAAGUCAGCAUGAAGGAAAAAUCGGAAUUAGCUCAGAAAAAAGAUAAAUGUGAGGCCUGGUUCUCACAUACAGCUUAACCAGUAGUUAGCCUAUCUGGAUGUACCACACCGGAGUGCAAAAUGAUGUUCUUGUGACCCUACACACAGCACGCUAUAUAAGAGAAGGCCCUGACUCCUAAUUUUCUAUGGGGAAGGAAUUUUUAUUUGAUAUGGAGGAACAUUCAUUGAUGUGACCCCCAGCAUGCACUCAGCCCAUGUAUUGCUGGAUCAAGCCAAAAACCAGUCAUGUCCAGCAAUUUGUUCUCACAGUUGACAACCGGAUGUGUCUUACAUCAUUAUCAUCAUCAUCAUCAUCAUUAUUAUUAUUACUACAAUUUAUACACCGCCCUAUACCUGGAGGUCUCAGGGCGGUUCACAAUAAGACUGAACGCAGGACUUGAGGAGUGCAGCGGUGCUGGUCCCACUUAUAAUGCCCAGCAGCUGGUAUUCAGGAGCAUAUGGCCUCCAACAGUCGAGUUAGAGCAUAUAACCACAUGGUUAGGAGUCCCUGACAGCCCCAUGCUCCUUGAAUUUGUCUACUCCUCUUUUAAAGCCUGUCCAAACUGGUGGCCAUCACUGCUUUUUGAGGGGACAAAUUCCAUAAUUUAUGCUGUGUGUGAAUGAAUACUUCCUUUUUUUCCUGUCCUGAAUUUUCCAACAUGCAGCUUCAUUGGAUGGAGUGCCUCAGGUUCUACUGUUACGAGAGAGGGAGGCAAACCUAUCUGUGCACUUUUCUUGCACCAUCCAAUAUUUCAUACAACUCUGUUGUGUCUCAUUAUUCACCUUUUCCCCAGUUAAAAAGCCCCAAAUAGUGUAAUAUUUCUUUAGCUGGUAACAUUUCCUCAGGUGGUUCUCAACAUAUUUAAAAAGCUUCUUUGUAAGUCUUUUUUCAAAACGUCUUUAAAAACUACUAGAGAGUUCAGCUGCAGCAAGGUCAUCCAGCUUCCUUGACAGGAAGCUUACUAGUCUUGUUGCUUAAACCACCAUGUGAUUCAUAUGCAUACUUUGAGGAAUACUGUUCACUUUAAGAUCAACAAAGGCUGAAAAGUGCCAAGAAUGGACCAAACGAAAAGCCGCACCAUACAAAAAGCCGCAUAUGCACCCAUGAUAUGAAAGAAAAGCCUAAAGUUAUAUCAUCCCACUUCUCACCUCAAGAUCAAAACAAGAGAAAAAUACAAAUGAUCAGUGCCAAAUUUACUAUUUUACUAUUCCUGUUGUCAACAGCCCUUAAUUUUCCUGCACCAACCUGUUUUCACCUUUCUGUGUGCCUGUGGUGCUAUUGAUGACAUCGGCUAAUCUUGUUGAUUUACAUCUGAUGGGAAAUGACUCUUGAUUCCAAUUCCAAGGAACAGAAUGUAGAGGUGUUCUUUGUGUCUCCCCAGCAGUUGUGAGAACUCCCUUCCCCUACAGGUCUAUAAAAUUCUGAAUCCAUAUCCUUUUCUGUACAAGCUGGGGGAUAACACAAAAUGGAUAUGUGUUAUAAAUUAUUUUAGUUCUAAUUCUUACCUUUGGUAAGCUCUUGAAAAUGGAUUGGACUGAAAUUGAGCUCAAAUUUCAUUGUUCCUUGGACUCCCACUUUAUUUGGACUUCCAGGGAAUGGUCCAAAAAUACUUACAGGUGUGUCAUACUGGAAGAUGAAGCUUGUUGGAUGUGGCCACACUGCCCUAGUGGUUGUUGAUGGAAGCAGAAUUGGAGGAAAAUUGAAUUGGCUUAAAAGUUGGGCAUUGCCUUUACCCAACGUGAAAGCACAUGAGUUUGAAGAAUAAGAGUGGAUUGGCAAGUGUUCAUAUAUGUGAAACUGUUUUAUUGAAGGAUCAUGAUCAGGUGUAAUGCUUUUUGUUUCUAAGGUAAGAAGCAAUAGCACAAAAUUUUAAUAAAGAAAUUUAGGUUGAAUGUUAGAAAGGACUCCCUAGUAGUGAUGAUGAUAAUAAUAUAGCACGGAAAAGAUGCCCAGGGAUGUUUUGGGAUCACUUGCCAUUGGCUUGUAAGCAAGCUUUGACACUCUAUUUUCAUGCAUUUGUUGAUUUUAUUGUAGCAGUGCUUUGAGUGCUUUUAACAGAGAAGCAACUCUUUAAUAUUAACAAUAAAUAGAAAGGUUUAUAUCAGGCUUCCUCAACCUCUGCCCUCUAGAUGUUUUGAGACUACAAUCCCCAUCAUCCCUGACCACUGGUCCUGCUAGCUAGGGAUCAUGGGAGUUGUAGGCCAAAAAAAACAUCUGGAGGACUGAGGUUGAGGAAGCCUGGUUUAUAUUCUUUUUGCCACUGGCUAAUGGAGGCAGUUGUGGAAAUAGCAGCACUGCAGGCCCUCAUUGGCCAACCAGAAUUUGACUCUUUUACUUCUCUGUUUUUCGAAAGCAGAUGAAUAGCUACCACUUGCGACAGUGGUAGGAAAACCAAGGCUUUUGAUUCUGGGUUUGGUGGACUGUGCUCGUGUAAUGUAGUACUGUAGCUAGAUUUGUUGGAGAGACCCUGCCUUAAAUUCCUGCUUGGCCACAAAGCCUCCUGAGGAGCCUUGAGCUGGUCUCAGCUGAAUCUACCUCACAGGGUGGCUUUGAGGAUAAAGAGAGGGGGGUGUAUUCUGCUCUGAGCUCUUCAGAGAAAGGGAAGGAUUAUAAUAUAAUAGCGGAGCAAUCUCCAGCUCUGUAAUUGCAUCUAGCAUUAAUUUUGUUUGCAAAACUUCAUAUAUUAUCACCGAUGUACAAAAAAAAGGCCUAGUCAUUUAAAAUGAUGCACACUGAAACCAUUGGUACUGAAGAAAUGUGAGGCUUUUAUAGUCUCUGUUUGAAACCUGGCAAAGUAAUUUCAUACUUGGAGUAUUUUGAAAUGUUUCUGAGCCUCUGUGGCUGUAAAAUAGAUUUGUUUGAAAUAUUGCUGAUAUUUCAGCUCUGUGCUAAUUGUGGCAGCCAUUCCAGAAAUGAAGACCAUUACUUGAAGCUGUCACUUUCAAUGCUUAAGUGACUUGCAGAUCCUUGAUAUAUUUUUAACUUCAGGAGGGUUGCCUACUGGAAUAGGACAGCUGUUUAUUUUGCCACUAGCAGUCUUUGGGCAACAAGAGCACACAUGUAAUCACCCUAGCCCAGACCUAAGUAGAAAGAGGGUGUUAUGUAACAUGUUGCUCUCUGAGGGUUUAGAAUAAGCUGGCUUGAGUUAUGUGGGGGGUUUUUUUUUGGUUUUUUUUAGGCUGCAAAUAUUUUUUAAAACAUGCAUAACAUGAAUAACUCUUGGGGGCCAACAGAUCAUAUUGCUGUGUUUUGAGAAUACCUGUGAUAUUUAUUCUGACUUUCCUCUAGAUUUUUUUUUGGUAGAAAUUCAGUAGACUUUCUGCAGUGAAAAUUGUAUAACAUAAACCCAAUUGAGAAGACUCCCUCUUAAAAGGGUGGCAUGUUGCACUUAGUGACCACUUGAUACUAAUCUAUUCCUAUAAAAUCUUGAUUACAGUGCUGUCUAAAUUAUUCAGUUGUAUUGUAUGGGCAUUUAACAUCUGUCAAAUCUGUGAGGACACGUUACACCACCACAGUAAGUGUAGGUGCACUUACACAUGGGUACUAUGUAAAUUUGACAUUUGCAGAAAAUGCCCAAGAGACUUGGCAUGGCCUUUACUAGGAUACGAAAAGCUUUUUUUUUAUUUAAAAAAAAAGGCAACAAGCCCUGGUAAAAGCUAGUUUUUCCUGGAAUAAUGUAUUAAUUAAUCCUUUUAGCAGUACUGUUCAAUCAAAUGCAUAUUGUGCUGCUGUGGAUUGUUCCAUAUUGAAUAUUUAACAUAGGAAAAUCACCUUAUACAAGUCAGACUCCUGGACCACCAUGUAGUUACUAUUGCCUGUACUAACACCAGUCUUUCUCAGUUUUCAAUAUGCCAGAGAUUGAACCUGGGAACCUCUGCAUGCAAAACAUGUUCUCUACCAUUGGACUACAGCCCUUCCCUUAAGGACAUCUAACUGUUUAGAAGCUUAGUUUUUGAAAAAUGUCUGAAAUUUUAGCAUGAAACUCAAAUAUCUGGCCACCACAGUGUUUUUGCUGUCUCCUUCAAAAUAUACUGGCAGAUGCCUAACACAAGACAUUAAUAUCCUUGAUAUCUCUUUUCCACUUUUUCAAAUGUGUUUCCUUUUCACUCACAUUUUCCUUUGCCAUAUAUCUUAAGAGACCCUUCCUACAUGAUGGCUUUCACUUGGGCAAAUUUUAAUAUGCCAGGAUACUCUGUUUUGUAUGAAAUGACACAGAUGUAAAGCGUGUCACUAAAAUAUAUGCAAACAGAGGUGUGACCUUUUUCCAUUCACUGUUCACAUUUAUUUUAAAUGCAAAAAUAGAGAAUUAGAUAUGUGGACACGUACUGUACACCAUGUCAGGUCAGCAUGCAACGAAAUGCAACACUUUCCUUAAAAGCAAUAUUUCAUCCUCCCACUCUCUUCCUUCUUCCCAAACAGAUUGCCAAAACUCACCUCCCCUCUGAAAGAAUACCCUACUUUUCUGGUAGAAUGAAGCUUUGGGUGGAACCAUAUGGAAGCCCAUAGUUCAUUCAUGAGUAAAGGUGGAAAUUUAAUAACUGGGCUGCUCUUUUCUGAAGCAAUAAUAUCUCUAGGGCUUCCCACUUUGCACUGUCAGUUCCUGAAGUGGAUACAGGUAAAGUAAUUUUGCAGUAAUUUGGUGGGUUGUACAUCAUUAUACAAUAAAACCAAGCGUAGGAGAUUGUAAACCCAUUGUCUCAAAUUUCUAGUGUAAAGCUUUUCACUGGAGCAGAUUGAAAAAAACACCUUUUCCCUUUCAUUAGUUUUCUGGUGCUAGUGUCUUUCCCUUCAUUGAGAGCUAGUGUGAAAUCCUGGUUAGUCUUUUUGAGCUUAGAUUCAAGGAGCUCUAGUUUGAAUACCCACAAGCCACAAAACUCACUGAGUGACAUUGGGGCAGCCAGUGCAUAAAAUGUGACAAGCCCAUUGAUGUAUGCCACCCUGAGCUUCCUGGAGGAAAGUGGAACAGUAAUGUGAGAAAUGAUGAGUCCGGGCUUCUAAGUACCAAAACUAGCUUCCAUUUUAAGCUUCAUCAUUUGCUCCUUGAUACCACGCACUUUCAGGUGACCAGUUUUGUGCAGUUGAAUGGUUUCUGAGGAUUUCAGUGGGAAAGGGUAGGAGACACUUGCUGGCUAAGCAUGUAAUGAAGCCAGUAGAAGUGGUACAUGUACAGAAGCGGAGCCCCUACCUUAAGCCUUAGCCUGUAAGAGAGCUGAUGCCAUCUGAAAUUUUGUGAGUCAAGCAUGUGUCUAAUUAGGUAGAAAUGAUUUUUAAAUUUAGCCAGGAACUGUUUGACAUGGAACGGUAGGCAGGAAUGUUUUGGUAAUUUUGAGUUGUGUUUUAGAAAUGCUGAAUGAAAUGCUUCUUCAUUAACUAAAAUGUGUGUGUGCAUGCAUUCAGAACAAAUGGAUGAAUUGAUUGGGCAGUGCUUUUUUACAUUUGAACUAUGACGUGCCAUAGGGAGAGCCAAGAGUUCAGCACUCCUGAAGUCUUUCCACAUUGAACUACCACUGUGCCUAUCCAGUGCUUGGGAUGCAAGGAGGCUCCUUCCCCAAAUUAAUAGUGAAUUUUUGCUAGUCUUAUCCUGUAGGCAGAUUAAUAUUGCUGAAUAUCUAAUCAGUUUUUCUCUUGCUUUCUCCUUGCCUUCCAAGUGUCUUCCAUUUCCCUUGUAUUGAACAACCCUAGGGUGUGUAGCCAUGAACACAAUUCAUGAUUAAGUACUUUUUAAUUAACGUUUAGAAUUCAUACCAAAAACCGACAAAAUCUUGCUUGCAUUAGUGCGGCUAGGUAAUUACAGUGGAUGCUUGGGUUGCGAACGUGAUCCGUGCAGGAUGCACAUUCACAAUCCACAGCGACGCCUCUGUGCACGCACGGGUUGCAAUUCGGGGCUUCUGUGCAAAGCGUGAUUUGCGCUUCUGUGCAUGCGCGACCGCCGAAACCUGGAAGUAACCUGUUCCGGUACUUCUGGGUUUCGGCGGAACACAACCUGAAAAAAGGCAACCUGAAGUGUCUGUAACCCGAGGUAUGACUGUACAGAGCUUGGACCUAAUGUUAUUUCCUCCCUCCCCACUCCAGAUACUGUGGGCAAGAGUUUUGUAACAAGCCCAGGGCAGUCAGCACUUUGCAGGACCACAGAUACCUUCCCCUCUGAGCACUGGCCAUACUGGCAGAGACGGAUGGGAGUUGGAACCCAACACUGUCUGGCGGGACACAUCUCCCCCUCCCUCAUCCCACUGCCUCCAGUGUUACGUUAGUAGCUGAAGAGUAGGGUAUGAAUGAAGGUGAUGUGGGAACUCCCAUUAGAUGCUUUUAAAAAGAAUCCAUGCUAGUUGAGUUGCAAUUUCAAAUGUGUUUUGUGCUGUGGGCAUACUCUUGACUUUCUUGCAAUUGGAGAUCAGUUAGAUGUUGGUCUUCAACUGGUGCUGUGGGACUCAUAAAUUGAUUAUCUGAGGAUUUUUUUUGCAUCUCCCUCCCUCCCAGUGUGGAUCCUGUGUUGCGUGUUGGGAUUAAAGGUGGGUUCUGGGUCUAAGAGAAUGUUGAAGGUGUUUCUAUUAUAAACAAGCAUAACAAAGUUGCUUUUCAGUGCAGUGAAACUGUUGCAUUCUGGUAGAUUAUUUGUGUGGAUACAAAUUCUACAUGGUCCUAGGAUUGACAAUUUCCUCUGAGGUAGCAAACCCAUAAUCUCUUACAACUGUAGCAUAGUACUGUAAUAGAAAUGAAGUGAUCAAAGCAACUUGAUAUUUUUAAAUGCUAUGUUGCGAAACCUGCAACUCCCAUCAAUUCGUCCCUGAUCAUUGAUUAUGCUUUGGGGGCUGAUGGGAGUUGGAGUCCAAUAAUAUCAGGCUGUGUGUGCAUGUGUGCCACAAGUUCCCUACCCACCUACCCUGGCUGUAGCAUAUAGUGGCAGAUUUUGUGAUUUGGUUUAUAAUUGUAGUGCUGCACAUUCAUUUUACUAGCACUAGUAUUCUGAAAUAACAAAUUGUUACUGUAGGCUUCUGGCAACGGUUAGAAACUUUAGAAACAGGUUAUGAAUUUGGCGGGUGAGGUAUUGAAUGACUUUAUAUUGUCAUCUUAAAAACUGUUGUCAAAAUAGCAACACUCAGAAUUGGGUAGUGUAACUCUUGUUCCAGAUAGCAGCUUACUAAAAAAUCCCACAUGUCUGGCCUUUGAAACUUGGGGUACUUGAGGUAGUAUGUGCUAUGAGUCUGAAGUAGUGCCGGAUAAUUAGAAUAUUGGUCAUUGCGUAAAGUAAUGUCUUGUUGGAGCCAUUUCUGAAUUUCUGUCCAUGGGUGCUAGAACCAGUGAUGUUGCUUAGCUUUGCAACUGGGAUGGAGUAGGAUUUAGAAAUAAAAUAAGCUUUUAUGACAUGAGUCAAAAUACCAUUUGUAUUUCAGCUGGGCUCAUAAAUAAACAAAUGCCAUUUUCAAGGCUCCCUGCCCUGUGUCAUUCUCUCUCCCCAAACCUUACCUUCUAGCAGCAGUAGUGCUGGGGCCUGGCAACCUACAGUUCUAAGGAACUUCCUGUUUGUAAGUCUUCCUGGCCUUAUGAAGUCCUCUCACUUAACAGAUUCCUGUUGCUGAGUGUAAGUUGUAGUGUUAGAAAUGCACCAGGUUGUAAGUGUAAGUGUAAAUUGUAAUGUUAGAAAGGCACCAGGCGCGUUUUGCGACUAGUGUGGGUCCAAUUGUGAUGACAUGGAGAUCUUCGGAUGCCAGAUUGGCAACUGGGGGAAGCAAAAUGUCACUUAGAGAAGGAUCUGAAAUAUUUUCUUUGAAGCUUGAAUUUGUUUUCUUCUGGGUUGUUUUAUUUGAUGUUUUAAUGUGUUGUAAACUGCUUUGAGCUUUGUUCUUUAAAAUAUAAAGCAGUGUAGAAAUUAUGAUGAUGCUAACAACAACAAAUUCCACCGGGAGGGCAGGGAUGGCACCUAGACAUUCCAUUGUGGAGACUGUAACCUAGGUUUAAGGUGCCAUUUGGCGAUUAGAUUACGGUAUAUAUCUGAUUUUUGAACACUGGCAAGUUGUGUUGUUUUUAGGAAGCAGGUAGGUGUAGCUAGCAAAAUAUGGUGGAGGAAAUCAGCUGCAGAGAAGUCUGGGGAUAGUGAAGGAUCUGCAGUUGUCUUCGUCUUUAAGAGCUUUGUUUUUCUAAAACCGUUGAUUACUUAAGAUUUCUUUUAGGAAAACAGGAAACAUAAGCACAUUGUAAUCAAAAGCAAGGUGCCUGUGUUUUUUUAAUGUAACCUUAAAACCUGUUUUUACUUGCCAGGGUGGCUAACUUGUGACCCUCUCCCUAUUGUUGGGCUCCCAUCAUCCCCAGCCAGCAUGACCAGGCAGUCAGGCAUGAUGGGAUUUGUAGUCCAGCAAUAUUAGCAAGGCUACAAUUUCCCCACCACUACCAUAAACAGAGGUUCACCCAUUUGUGACACUGCACUUGUGUUGCGACUCUGAGACACUGAGUAUCUCCAGAGCUUAGCAUCAUGUCAAAUCAUAUCUGCCAACGUGUGCAGGGGCAAUGGAACCCCUGUGCAAAAUAGGGGCCCAGAGCUCCUUGGAGGAAGGGGGAUGUAAAUCUGUAUUGGAGCUUUGAUGCCUACGCAUGUUAAACUUCCAGUUCUUCAUGGGCAUGCCUCUGUUUUGCUGCUCAUUAACUUCUACCAUGACAUUUCCCUCCCCCCCUUUUUCUAGAAUCCAGCAACUAUCACCAGGAUACUCCUUAGUCAUUUCAACUGGGAUAAAGAAAAGCUGAUGGAAAGGUAAGCAAACUGCUUUUCUCCUUCUGGAAAGUGUUCUGGUAACCUGGUAGGUUUAUUAUUUCAGUUAUCUAUACUUGGCUGCAGAUUAGCAUUCACAAUGAUUUUCAGAUUUUUGUGAGAGCAAGUUCUCUUAGUGAAGAAAAUGGUGUUCAAGCCACCCUGAGUAUGUAAGUGCUUCAUUCUAUCUAGACAGUCACCAGUUGCCUAUGUUAGAGGCAAUCAGAUGGCUGAAUGCGAGACUUGCUGUGUUUUAAGCUUGUGGUGGCAGAGUGGAGAGGACAAGGGUGGGGUCAGGGAGAAGCCUCCUGUUCCCAAGAGAUACAUGCAGGGUACUGCCUUUUUAUAUUGAAUAUGCCCGUAUUUUACAAUGUGUUCUCCCUAGGGUUUCAUAACCCUCAGUGCAAGCGUAAACAUGGUCCUGGGUGGUAACUGGAGAGAGAGUUUUCAAAUCUGGGUGAUUUUAGUUAUCCUGGCACUCACCCUUGCUUGUACCUGACAAUACUCAUUGUAUUAAUGUCAGUCUACGUUGCUGUUGACAUAUAUUGAACAACCGUAUAAUGUGGGCAGAGCUAACUGACUUGUGUCUUGCUGCGUUUAAUUUGUAGCUUGAGUGUUGCUAUAAUAAAACGCUAUUUUCAGGAAAUGCAGAUCUUGUUUCUUUUUUGCAAGUUGUAUUUGAACUGUGCCAACAUGGAAAUGUGGAGGUUAAGCAACUGCAAGGAAGCCAAAUAUUCUCAAAUCAAAAGAGUUCCUUCUCUAACUCCCAUGAGGAGUUCAGAGUUGGACUCAUGGAAAUGGUACGGCUUGGCAUGAGGCACUUUCAGCAUUCAUUGUUGUUGCACUAAAUGUCCAACACACUGUCUAAAAAAAUAUUUUUAAAGUCCCAGCUCAAAGAGUAACAUGAGAAAUAUGAUACAAGAGGAAAAAGUGAUGGAGGUAGGGAGUCUGUGGCUUGUCAGAAGUUGCUAGUCUGCAGCUACUUUCAUCCCCAACCAUAGUGUCUGAGAUUGACAAUCUACCCUUCAUAGUUGCAAAGAUAAAUUUGAAGAAUCUGGUGCUUUGCUGAUUGCUCAACCAAGUUAAAAUCUGGCCUUCUUCAUUGUGCUCCAGCUGCUUUCAAGAUAGAGGAAUUUAAAUCACCAAGAAAAGAUUGUAAAUGAGAAAUGUGGUUUAAAUCUAUUUAGAAAAAGCUGGAUCCAGCUGUUGGUGUAAAAGAGAAGGCUAAUUUAUAUUUCUUGCAUAUUAACAUUUGGUUUGACAGCUUGUUUAAGAUGGGAACCUUAGUUAAGAGAAUGGUAAAGUCAUAUCUGAACUGCCUAUUUUUCUCUUGUUUGGAACAGCAGACAACUGAGUAGGGAAAUGAGGUUGAGUAAUUGUGUCUUACACUUCAGAAAAAUUGCUAAUAAAGUCAAAAAGUUGUAAAUGGAUUCAUUAAGCUUUUUUUUUCAUGCUAGAAAAUCACAUAACUACUGGUGGUCCAUGUUUUCACCAAGAAUAAAGCAUGAUACUGGCUGUUUGUGUGCUUUUUUUUGUUUUAAAGAGCAUAACUUUCAGGUGGCAUAGCAAACACUACCCAGUAGGAAAAAUAUACAUUAGUUGUGUGGCACUUAUUCUAGGUGUCCCAAGGAAUAUUAUUGGUAACUUGAUUACGUUUAUUUAGGAACAGAUUCCAUUUGUAGUAUAGCUUUUCAUUCCAGUAAUGCUUGUGAAUCUAUUAAAGGGUGCUCUUCCAUGUGUAAACUGAUGUAAUCUGCUAUUUAGCUUCGAAAUCCUCUUGGGCAAACUAUUAGGAAAAUCCCUUGCUCUGAAAUGAUAGAAGUAUUCUUCCAGAAUCUCUUUGAUUCCAAAUCCUUUGGAUUUCCCACUUUCUUCUUCUUCUCAUGUCUCAUUUCCAAUUAUACAUGAUAUUGUACAGUAAUUCUAGGAAGCAGUUUCCGCUUAUUAUAGCUAGGUUGCUUGAUUCAGCAUUGAUUAGGAAUUUUAACUUGAAUUUUAACUUGUUAUACAAUGGCAAAGCAAUAUUUGUCCUUAAAGGUAAAGGGACCCCUGACCAUUAGGUCCAGUCGUGGACGACUCUGGGGUUGCGGCGCUCAUCUCACUUUAUUGGCCAAGGAAGCCGGCGUUCAGCUUCCAAGUCAUGUUAAAUUUGACUAGACCCAAGACCCCAGUAGUGCAGCAUUCUGAUCUCACCAUGUCCAGCCAGAUACAUAUAUGAAGCCCACAAGAAGAAAAUGAGUGUAAUAGCACUCUUCCUCUGUUAAUACCAGCGGCUGAGAAUCACAAGACAUGUUGUUUCUGAUACAGGAGGUAUAGCCACAUGGCUUGCAUCCAUCCACUAGAAACUGUGUGUUUCGUAUCAGCGCAAUUCUGUUUACCGUAUUUUUUGCCCCAUAGGACGCACUUUUUCCCCUCCAAAAAUGAAGGGGAAAUGUGUGUGCGUCCUAUGGGGCGAAUGCAGGCUUUCGCUGAAGCCUGGAGAGUGAGAGGGGUCGGUGCGCACCGAUGCCUCUAGCUCUCCAGGCUUCAGGAAGCUAUCCGCAAGCCUUGAAAGCCCGGCGGGAGUUCUUGUGGGCAGCAGCCUGCAGCCUGAAGCACGGGGCGCCCUCCGGAGGGCUCCCCAUGCUUCGGGCGGGUGUCUGCAAGGCUUGGGGCUGCAGCCGCAGCUGGGGGGGGAAUGAAUUUCAUUCCCCCCCCAAAAAAACAAGGUGCGUCCUAUGGGCCGGUGCGCCCUAUAGGACGAAAAAUACGGUAACUUUCUCCUGGCCCUGUUGAACGUCAGGCAUUUUGAUUAAGCUUUUCUGACUUCUUAGUUAAUUUUAACUGAAUUUAUGUUUUGUAUUGUUUGUAAACCCACUGUACUUAUAAGCAGUGGUGUUAGGUGGUGUGCAGAUCGUUGAAAUAAAGACCGUAUUUUUCCAUGUAUAAGACGCCCCCAUGUAUAAGACAACCCCUGUUUUUUUAAACCCAAAGUUAAGAAAACGAAACCCUAAAAUAGAAGUGAAAAUCUGGGUGAUUGGCGGAGGCAAGUUGUUGAUCUUUUUUGGGGUGAUCACCCUCAAAGUGUCCAGCAAGAGGUGCAUGCAGUGCACUGUGGUGCAGAAGCAAAGGCAGCGACUGGGGCACCACACACUUCCCCUCGGUGGUGGCAGCUGCUGCUGUGGGGAAGCAGGCUCCUAAGCAGGAUGCCAAGAAAGAGCCGGAGGAAGGCAGUGGCCGCUCUGCUUUGAGCGAUGCCAUCGAGCAAACUAAGCUGAGGAAGGCGGUGAGCGGGCUGGGGGCAAGGUGGGAGUUUGAGAGGGGAAGAGGAAAAAGAUGAAAGAAGGGCAAGGAGAGAUAGCUGAGGCAGCUCUCAGCGGCGGCGGCAGCUGCUCUUGAUCCAGUGGUUGAGCCAGCGGGGGCUUCAGGAGGUGAGCCAAUCGCUAGCAUGUAGCCUGGGGGUGGGGAGAGAAAGGGGGGAUGGUAGCAGGAGGGACUGCCUCAGCCCACCCAAGCCAAAAUGCCGGACAUAGGCGUAAAUAUUUUAAAAUUCCCCCAGAGGCCCAUGUUUGGUGUACAAGACAACCCCCAAUGUUUUACUAAUUUUUUUUAGCAAAAAACCUCAUCUUAUAUACACGGGAAAAUACGGUAAAUGACAAAUGCCUGCCAUUCUACUAUUGACACUCUCUUCUAAGCAACAGAUUAAUCUGAUGCCUGUACAAAAAUGUGCUGAAACACUCUUGUUAAUAUUUUAUGUUACACUGUGUUACUUGUGUUAGAUAAUGGGAAAUGCCCAUCUUGGUAUAAUUUAAGAGUUCCCUCUUGGUUUUCUCCUGUAAGGAGUUUAGCAAGACCUGUGAGAGGGCAAGUUUCCAACAGCUGCCCCAACUGGGUAAGCUCUUUCCUCCCCCACCUCUCCUCCAGAGUAUUCAAUGGUUUCCAUUCAUUCUUUGAGUGGCCUUAAAUACCAGGCUAUCACAGACCUGACUCAGACACUGCCCAUUUAUUAUGUCACCCAAGAAAUAAAGAUGGCUGCUGCUUUUGAAAUUUCCAGUGGGAUAGCUCAAGAUCAGGCAGUUGGUUAUUCUAAGCAAUGAGAGCAGCAGCUGCAGAAAUUGCAAGGAUUAGAACCAUAGGAAGCUGCUUCCUAAAUGGUUGGUCCAUUUAGCUCAACAUUUAAUAUACUCACAGUUUUCCAGGGCUUUAGAUGGGGUCUUUCUGAAUGCAAUUUGGAGAGGAUGAGAACUGAACCUGGCAGCUUCUGCUUGCAAAGCAUCUCGUCUGCUACUUGAACUAAAACCAUUAGCUGAAGCAGCAUAAUUUCUCCUAUCUUAAUGCAACUCCUGUUUAAACGUAAUAGAGGCAGGAAGAUCUGUUGCAGAAACUCGGAAGUGGCAGGACAUUACUGUAGGAAUUGAAAGCAUGGCUUGUUAGAGAAGGUUCUUGAGGUAUUAAUCUGCACAGGUAGAUGGACUUGCUUGUUGUUGUUGUUGUUUUAAUCGAGGUUUUUAAAAAGUGCACCAAGACAGCAUUGGGAAUUGGGUGGGGAUGAAUUUAUUAUGAAGUAUGCCCUAGGCAGCAUAAGAGAAUACAGCAAUGUUAUGUAUUUUGGAAACUAGAGUUGCUAAACGGAAGAAUUUGUCCAAAGUUUUCACAGGUAACUUUGGAAGAAAUUGGAAAGAUAUUUUUUUCCUGUGAGCAAUUGUUGCAUAGCAGACCUGCUGUCUGCGCAAGUCCUAAUUUACACUCCAAAGGCUAAAUUUGAAGAUGCUUUGAUAAGUUGCCAUCUUGACAAUCCAAACAGCAACUGUUUUAUAGUUGUUUUUAAAAAUGUCUUGGCUACCUACAGAUCUAAGGUAGGUGAUCCAAAACACUGCCCAUAUACUAGAAAAGGCAUGAACCUGAACUACUCCCUUGAUGCAGGAAGUUCUUGAAGCAAGGCAGCCUAGAUAUGCCUGUCCUGAACUUUGUAUCCUUUGACUGCUGGUGUUUUCCUGGCUGCAAACAUUGCAGGGCUAUUUGGAUUGCCUCAUCUUCACAGUUUUACAGGGCCAAUACAAAUGGCAAGGUGAGGCAUAGGUGGUGGAGAAAGAAUAGGCACCCUUCCCAUUUUUAAAUAAGGACUGAAAAGCUCCUCCUUACUCAAUCUCUAACUGCUAUUCUCAAGUGAAGAACAGUUUUAUUUUGUUGUUCUUAAACAUUUGGCUUCACUUCCCUUUUCUGUUCAUGCAGGUACUUUGAUGGCAACCUGGAGAAGCUCUUUGCAGAAUGUCAUGUAAUUAAUCCUAGUAAAAAGUCUCGAACACGUCAGAUGAGCACAAGGUCAUCUGCACAGGACAUGCCUUGCCAGAUCUGCUAUUUGAACUAUCCUAACUCUGUGAGUAACUUUAAAAAAAAGCAUUUAAAGUAUUUAAAUCUUUAAAACAUUGUCUCAUUUGAAUUCUAAACUCUUAUUUUGGAUGUCUGAGAUUUAGCCAAUUUGUAUAUGGGUUGUUAUGGAAGAUAAUAGCCUUCAUCUAGCUAUCUUCUCUCUGACACACAUGUGUUUUCCCUGCACAGGGAAUUCUUUUGUAUAGACUAGAGGAACAUUUAAUGUAACCUCUUCCUACAGGCUGAAGUGGUACAUGGUAGAAACAGGUUUUCCUUAUUUGUUGUUUGAGAACUAGCCUUCUUUUUCUUUUAAUACAGAUAUUUCAGUAAAGCUAUAUAUUAGGCUAAUAAUAAAACUUAUUCUUUUAUACAAAUAGGGAGCAGGAAAAUAACACAUGUAUUUCAAAACUAAUAAGCUUAUCAUAAUGCAAUUGUAUCAAUACUGUCAUUUUUGGAAUGCAAUAAAUGAUUGCUAAAUUUUCCUUGAAGUUUUUAUACAGUCUAUUCUUUAAGCAUUACUGUUUCAUUGUUUCAGCUGUGUAGCACACUUUAUUUAACUAUUAUUUCAUGGCUAAAAGAUUUGAAGUUUGCCAGAGUUUUUGUGGUUUGUUUUGGUGCAAGUAAUAAAUAUGACACUAGUGAGUAAUGUGUAUUUCUAAUGAUUCAAGAAUAAUCAAAAGGUAUAGCUAUAAACCAAUAAUUUAACUUGAUUAAGGCUCAUAUUUCUAGUUGAAUAUGGAUCUUUGACAUUGUUCUUCAAAUUAUAUGGUUUCCAAGUGUUACUCUCGUUGACUUGCUUGCCAAGGCACAGCUUCCCUCUUCUGCAUUAUAGCAGAAGAUUUGGGGGAAUGUUGUAGGACACAUACUCAAUUCACAUUGGACCCCUGCAAACCUUUUUGAAUCUCGGUGUUACUGCAUUUGCAUUCUCUGUGACUUCCAGUGUGACCAACAUUUCCAGCAUACUCCAUAUUGAAGAUUAACAGUGACAUGCAACCUGCCUUUGCGGGGGCAUAUUAUUUGAUCUUACUAGGGAAUCCCAGGGUUUCUCAAACAUUUGGAAAAUGCUGUUUUGUGAGAUUAUCCACUUCUUUUUAUCAUCUCAAUAACGUCUUGAUAACAUUGUUCUUCUUAGAAUUUCAUGCAGUCUUUUAACUUUGCUUCUGUUUUAUGGGAUUUAUAUCCAAGUCCUUCUGACUUCAUGUAAUUUAAUUUUAUAACAAGUUCUAAUGCCAGUCAGCGAGUAAUAAAAAUUGAGUUUCCUAAGUAAAAUGCAAUAUCUUCAUGUGCUGUCUUGCAUUCAUUUUUUUUACUGUGUAUCGUUUUGGUUCUUAUAUCAUUUGUUUGGAUCAUUGUGCACAAGUUAAACCAUAAUUGUAUAUAUGAAUGCUGUCCAACUUCAAAGCAGAUUCUCAAAUGCUUUUAUACUUGCCAGUUGAUACUGAGUUACUCCUUCAGCUGGCAUACAGUGCAUCACAAUGUUCCAAAGCAUUUGGAUCCUACUUGGAUGGGUGUUGCUUAAGGGGUGUUCCCCAUGGAGCCUUCAAUGUAGGGUUCUGGCAAGGUUCAAUUUUACCCCCUAUGUCAGUGGUUUUCAACCUUUUUGAGUCCAUGGCUCCCUUUGAGUCCACCAGCAACUUACACUGGGGUUCUGUUACAGGAUGCACGUAAGUGGGGUUUCCUCCCAUUCUGCCCUCCCUCUUUUUGGCACGUCUGUAAGUGGGAGCACAUGUCGGCGGGAACACAAGCAAUGCCGUUGCUUUGCAGGGCCAAGCUGACGCGCUCCACAUGGCAACCCUAUCCUGCCUUUCCUGAAAUUAGAGUGUACAUUGGGUUGGGGAGAGCGCAAAACAAUAUUAAGAUCAGAAGUAUUUUCUUAUUGUGGGGAAGGAAACCAAGAAACACAGCACAGGACACACAUGCAUACAUGGCUCUUUCCUGCAACAUUCUCCCUGUCCCCAUAAAGCUUGGUGACUGUUAAGGAGGAGUGGGUUGCCUGCAGGGAGAGGUAGAGAAGAAGAAUGAGGAGGAAUGUUGAGGGUAGAAGGAGAGAGAAACACAGAAGACACUCCUCACUUUCAGGGUUAUGAUUAAAUCCCUCCUUAUAGGACACACACACACCACACACCAUUGAGCUACUUUGCUGUUUUCUUACAUUUCUCAAGUGUAAAACUAAGGAACUGUUAGUUACUGAAGCUGGGGAGAAUUUUUUUGGGGGGGGGGAGAUUUAAGUCAUGCAAAAGUGUUUCCCCACUUUUUUGCCACUGUUUUAUUUCGGGAAGAUAAUGGGCUGCAGGUUAAAGUUGCCAGUUCCCUGUUCCUCAGGGAGAAAAAGAGAGAGAGAAUAUGCAGGAAGAUAUGGGCUGCAAGUUAAUUAAAGGCUCCCCCGAAUGUUCCUCAAGGCACCCCAGGGUGCCUCAGCACACUGGUUAAAAACCAGUGCCCUAUGCUCUUUAACAUCUACAUUAAACCACUGAAAGCGGUUAUCCAGAGGUUUGGAGUAUGUUGUCGGCAAUAUGCUGAUGGCACACAAUUCUACUUCUCUGUAUCUGCAGGUGAGGCAGUGCUUGUGUUGGACUGUUGUCUUGCUUCUGUAGUAGAGUGGAUGAGAGCCAACAAACGAGCUCAAUCCAGAUAAGAUUGAGGCAUUGGUAGUGCAUGGUUCCUUAGACCGGGUGACUGCCUGUUCUUCAUGAGGUUACACUGCCUAUGAAGGGGUUGGGUAUGCAGCUUGGAUCCUUGGCUGUCGCUUGAGGCUCAGGUGGCCUCAGUGGCAUGGAGUGCCUUCCAUCAGCUUGGGGUGGUGGCCCCCAUGUACCUCUAUCUGGACAGAGCCAGCCUAGAGCCUCUCUAUGUUCUAGUAUCUUUACAGCAAUGUGUUAUACAUAGGGCUGCCUCUGAAGAUGGUUCAGAAACUUCAGCUGGUGAAGAAUUCAGCAGCCAGGUUGCUCACUGGGACAAGACUGUUUGAGCAUAUUACACCGAUCCUGGUCCGACUGCACUGGCUGCCAAUUCGUUUCCAGGCACAAUUCAAAGUGCUUAUUUUGACCUAUAAAGCCUUAAACGGCUUAGGACUGCACAAGGACCACCUCUCCCCAUAUGAGCCUACCCUGGACCCUGAGAUCAUCAUCUGAGGCCUUUCUUUGUGUGCCUCCUCCACGAGAGGUUUGUAGUGUGGCAACACAAGAAUGGGCAUUUUCUGCAGUGGCUCCCCAUUUGUGGAAUUAUGUGUAUAACUGAAACCCAGUGAAAAACCCUGCAAAACACCCCACCCCCUUUCUGCUUUUUUAGUGAUGGUUCAGUGAUGUCUUUAUGAACACGUAUUAAGUAGGGGGCUGCCUGUAAACCAAAGUAGUCUCAAAAUUAAUUUCUUUCUAAAAUUAUUUCCCUUUGUAUAUUUAGUAAACUGUUGUAAAAGGGAUCCUUAAAUUUUUUUGUUCUAAUCUGUUUUGGUCCAUGGUGCAUCAUCCUGUUGUAUAGCACUUCCAAAUAUCCGUUAUCCUUCCCUAGCACGUGUUUUUUAUAAUAGUUUGUCAUCUUUAAAAAAAAAAUUCAACCUGAUAUUCUUAAUGUCCCAAGAGGAGUUAAGCACAGUUAAUGUUGGCAGAUGGAUGAAAAAUGGAUUUAGGCCCAACUAAUCUUUGUGGGAUUUUAAUCCUUAUCACUGACUAGCUACCUUUCGUUAACAAUGUUUUUAAAAAGUGUAGAAUAAUGAAUUAAUCUUGAAGAAAAUGUGAGGUGAUGUUGGGGUUUUGCUAGUGGUAAUACCAAAAUGCAUAUCCUUCUCUUGAAGUAGAUGAAAAUGUAUAAUUAAACAUUAGAGAUUCUGUUUUUCCUUUCAUUAAUUCCAAAUUGAAUUUUCCCCUUGUCUGUCUUUGCUCACUCCCCAGUGUCUUGUGACCAGGCCGUUGGUGCACAGAGACCUCUGAGUAAUUCUAUAUAUGCAGGGGUUAGAAAGAGUUCAGUGGAGCUGUUUGCAUAGGAUGAUGCAGCUUUAUGAAUAUUGCUGUGAGCGCAGAUCUCUGCUUGUGAAACAGCAAAAUUAGAUGGAAGAAUACUGAUGCUAGAGUCAAAGUUUGGGGCUUCUAAAGAAGCAGAGCAGGUGUUUCCCACAGGUAAUUGAGAGUGACUAGUGACUAUAGCAAUAAAAAAAUGGCCUUCCUGAAUCAGCCCAAAGCCCAUCAAGUUCAGUGUUCUGUUUCAAACAAAGGCUAGGUCUUUAGAGGCAGGCACAUAGCGUAGUGUGGUGCUUGGGUUAAACCACAGAGCCUAGGGCUUGCUGAUCAGAAGGCCAGCGGUUCGAAUCCCCGCGAUGAGGUGAACUCCCGUUGCUCGGUCCCUGUUCCUGCCAACCUAGCAGUUCGAAAGCAUGCAGUGCAAGUAGAUAAAUAAGUACCGCUCUGGUGGGAAGGUAAACGGCGUUUCCGUGCGCUGCUCUGGUAUGCCAGAAGCGGCUUAGUCGUGACCGGAAAGCUGUGCUCCGGCUCCCUCGGCCAGUAAAGCGAGAUGAGUGCUGCAACCCCAGAGUCGUCUGCGACUGGACCUAAUGGUCAGGGGUCCCUUUACCUUUACCUUUUACAUAGCAUAGUGUGUCUUGACGAGGACUGCCUUCUCAUGGCAGCAGCUGACAGGGCCUGUGUGUGUGGUGGCAUUGAUCAGGCCCCGGGCCAUGUCCUGAUAUUUUUCAACCCCACCAUGUGAAUUAUGUUAUCCCCACCCUUGACAUACAUACAUUGAGGCAGAACUGGUAUAAUUAAUAUGGAGGUACUUCCAGCAACCCCUGAGACUUGAGAGGAGAAUCUUGUUGUCUGGGUAGCCCAGGACCUCCUUACACACUGCCCAGGCUUGUGCCCCAGAGAGGAGGCGCACUCCAUUGUCUCUUGAGACAGAUGGGUGCCAACAACUACAACAACCAGAGUUCACACGUAUGACCCAGAGUGACAGUUGGCUCCACUGGGCAGGAACACUGACUGCAGGGCUGCAUGUCGCUGGGACUGGGUGGUAGUAGCCCAGCGGCAGCACUGAUUGGAACUUUUAUGUUGCUACCAGGGAGGGCAAGCAUGUGCUCUCAUAUACCGAGUCUGAAUGUGCAGAGUCCAGGAAGCAGAACUUUAAACUUGGCAAUAGAAAUACUUAUGCACUUCAUUCCACAGCAGAAGGCAGCAGAAAACUUGAACUCAAAAACAACGCAGACGAAUAAGCCUGGGGUGAGAUACCAGAGCUCUUGCAGAUUUUACUGGGUUUGGUUGAGCCUUCGCUCUUAACUGCCCACUUGCUGCACUGCAUUAAACAUGUGCCUCUCAGAUCUCCUGGUGAGGGUGAGCAAAAUAGGAGAGAUGCUAUAUAAAUAGCUGGCAACAAAUAUUUCUGAGUGGGGGAGCGUCUCAUGCCAUUGCUUUUGUCAGCAGCUAGUUACUAGACCAGGCUUUCUUGCCGUUUCCUUUCCUUUAAGUCUGUUGACUAAUCCAUAAACGUGAUUUAAGUUCAACAAGUUAAGAGGAAGCCCUGAAGAGAAGGCAACAGUGGAGGUUUAACACCAUGCAUUUAAUAUCCCUUGGCUUAGCACAUUUAGAUAGAGGGAAUUUACGAGAUAUAUUUGCAUUGCCAGUUGUUGUCCUCAGAUUUGAAACUUUUGCAGUAAAGUAGCCUAAAUUUCAUGUGAAGCUAGACUUGAAAAAAGCCCUGGGGUUGUUGGUGGUGCUGGGAACCAUCACUUAUUGUCACAAAUAGUAUGCAUGUUUAAUAGCUGCAUUGUAUACUUUAGCUUCCUGCUUCGUCCUGGACAGUAAAAGGCAAAAUCUUCCCUACCCCCACUCCAGUGCUGGGAUGCAGAUGGGUACAAAUGCAGCUGUUUAAGGAGUGGGCGGGGAUCUGUCCAGCCACCCAUACCUCAGUGCUGGAGUGGAGAAGGUUAGAAAUUCUGACUGUGUUUGUGCCUACCUGAUUUGUGAGGCUGAGAGUGUGUGUGUGUGUGUGUGUGUGUGUGAGAGUGAGUGAGUGAGAGAGAGAGAGAGAGAUGUGUGCUUGUGCCAAGGGUGGGGAAAUAAAGGCACUUUUUUUUUUCUUUUUGGGGGAAGCUUUUUGUGUAUGCCCACUAAAGGUUAGGUAAGUUCUAAUGCAACUCAGGCUCAUAGCGUUUCCCUACCCUGGUAGACUACAUUUAUUACACGUAGGGAAUGUCUUUUUGCAAGUGUAGAGAAUUCAUUGAAAAUGAUUAAUGAAAUGCUGUCAACAAGCCUGCAUUCACAUCUUUCAGCUUUCAACCCUUGGGGCUACUAUACCUGGAAAACUGGGCUGAAUUCUUCUUCUUCUUCUUUUCCUUCUUCUUCUUCUUCUUCUUCUUCUCCUUCUCCUUCUCCUUCUCCUUCUCCUUCUUCUUCUCCUCCUUCUUCUCCUCCUUCUUCUCCUUCUCCUCCUCCUCCUCCUCCUCCUCUCUCUCUCUCUCUCUCUCUGUGUGUGUUGGUGUGGGGACUGGAAGCACUGGGAUGUGCAGAAAUUAGUUGAGACAUGGGAACAGCAGAGGGGAGGGGGCAGUAGAGUAGAGAAGGCAGUGAUUAUAACUUUCACAGGUUAACUGCCAUUCAUAAACUCUGCAUGUGGAUGGGAGCAGGCUUGUGCUUUUGACCAUGCCCCUCUGAUUAUGUAUUUCCUCAGUGUCUAUGCAUUGAGUGGAAAAUAUGCAUGAUCCAGGACCUCUGCAUGGAAUGCAGACAUUGGCAUGGUUGGGCUUGGCAGGGCAUGUGAUACGGAAGGGGGCAGUAGUCACAGCCACCCCAGCACAAAAACUAUAUGUGUGGAGGUUAAUCUGUGAAGAUUUAAGUCAAGUUGGAGGUUUUGAGAACCAGUGAGAUGAAAAUAAUCAUUCAGUAGUGCAUUAAAUGAUGCACAGGAGGCCAAUGUUGCUUCUAGCUCUCUCAUGUUACAAAUCUCAUUGUCACAACUUUCUGCCUCCACCUUUAUCUUUGAUAUAUCACAUAGAAAUGGCCCUCCAUGCCUCUCUGAACUCUCCCCAGGCCACACCCCCUUACUGUCCCUGCUUCACAUCCUCCUUGAGAGACUUUGCCUGCCUGGAUUGUGUCCUUGAACUCCGAGAAUUCCCCUUGCUUCCCUUGAUGGAGGAUAGACGGGUUUGUGAGUGUGAACACUAGGCUAAUUUCUAUGCAAAGGUAACAAUAGGAUUGAUUGCUCUGCUCAGUUUUGCCUCUGACCACAUCCAUCGCUGUCAUGUGACACCUCCCCCCCCAGGUUGCUCAGAAAAAAAUAGAACCCACUGCCUAAAAAUGGUUCCCUAGUGCUGAUUCCAAUGAUGCCUUGGCCAGAGAACUCCAUAGUGCACAGAGUACUAUUUUGACAUCUAGCAUUAUUAUAAGAAAUGCUUUGGGAGUAAGCCCUGAGUAAAAAUCCAUACCUGCUGCCUUGCGGGACAUCUUCAGAAGAAAAGGCUAUGGAGUAAACCCUACACACAUCUGGAAUGUAGUCCCUAAGAUAGUUGGAUAGCACCUAGUACGCCUCCUUCUGACAGCUUCUGCAGCCAAGUUGGUGCCAAAUGUAUUGCUCUGCUUUCCUAUGGACCACAGUGAGGCUGAGAGCAUGGUCUUGUCGUCUGGGCAGCCCAGGAUUUCGAUGCACACUGCCUAAGUUUGUGCCUCAGAGAGGAGCAUUCCAUUGUCUCAAGACAGACGGAUGACAUCAACAACAAUUACUGUAACAUGUUUAUGAUCAUGUAUUCUGGUUUUCUUUCUCUUGGGCUUCUGAUUUGUGAUUUAUUUAUUUUUUACAUUAUGAGAAUGAAAGUGGGGAUAUUUACUUUUUAUGUGCUAUUUGAACUCUGAAACAAAGGGACUAAGCGCACCAUAAGAUUUUCUGGUUAAAGCAAGUGAGUGCAGUUAGUAGGUCAGUUAAUACUUGAAAGAAGCUCUAAAGUAACUGCUAUAGCAGUAAUGAUAGCUAACAGCCUUCCCCAACCCAGUGCCCCUCAGAUUAUUCAGGACUACAACUCCUAUCAGCCUCAGUCUCUAGGUUGAUGAAAGUUGUAGUCCAACACAAUCUAGAGGACACCAGGUUGGGAAGGGCUGCUCUAGGGGGAAGAUGUUGACAUUUUGCAAGGUGAUGAUUCUUUCAGGAAAAACUGCAUACAGCUAAUCUUGCAGCAGUGGGAAAAGAGUACACAGUACACAUAACAUUUUCUCUCUUUGCAGUACUUCACCGGUUUGGAGUGUGGACAUAAGUUUUGUAUGCAGUGCUGGAGUGAAUAUUUAACUACCAAAAUAAUGGAGGAAGGCAUGGGACAGGUAAAACUUUUUUCCAUUAUGUUUUGAUGUCAGAGAAAGAAUUGUUUGAUCAGGGUCCGCAACUUUGCUCACCAUUUCAAGUGUCUAGGAGGUGUGGAGAGCCUUAGGGUUUGCCCCAACCAUGAAGCUGGAGGUGGGCUUGCCCCUCUAGUUAUAUUGCACUUGGCCAGUUUCCUUCCUGCCCCACCUCCCCUGCUCACAGGUUGAGAGGAAGCCUGAGGAUUGUAGUGCUUCAGAAGCGCAGUGCUUAAAUGACAAACUCCCAACACUCACUCCAGCUCUGUGCUGAAGGGGUGAGAGCUUGCUGGCUUGACUUUCUUCUUUCAAGGCAUUCUAUUGCAUCAGAAGCACCUCGGAGCCCUGGCUCCAGCUGUAAACCGAAGAGGGAAACUGGAUCUUCUUACCAAGCUAUGCUUCUAUGCAGUGCAAAUCCAAAAGUGAUCCUUCACCUGCCUUCCCAGCUCUAAGCUUGGAGCAGGGAAUUGUCCCUCCCUCUGUGCUGGAUUUUGGAGAUUCGGUGCAAGUUCAUGGAUAAGACACCCACCUGCCUUUUCAAAUCUCCCCAGUCAAAAACCAGUCUCUUGGCAACCACAAACCUUCUUGACAACCAGAAUUUGUGGACUUUUUAGGUUUUGCCUUGGGAGGGUGUUUAAAACAAUCACCUGGGAGGUUUGUUUUAUAUUACAGCUGAUGAGUGUUCAGGGGAAACAGUUAAAUUUAGAGCUUAAGCCCUUGGUUGGCCAACCUCUUGUAACCUGUGUUGUGUUUUAGAAGUGCUGCUGAGUGUGCACAGUUCUUAGAGAUUCUUCACUGCCAUUCAAACUAAAUCAGAUGUUCUUUCUGACUCCUGUUUCCCCCCCUCACCAGACAAUUUCAUGCCCUGCUCAUGGCUGUGAUAUCUUGGUUGAUGACAAUACAGUUAUGUAAGUAUUAUAGUUGAUACAUGACUUCAGUAAUACCUCCCUUCCUGUGUUGAGCGCUAAAACAGAUCGGUUAAGGAUUGACUGGCCCAAAGCUGUGUUUUAUUGAAAUAUAAUGGGUCAGUCUUAUAUGAUCAUCCAUGGACAUCUUUGGAUGCCUUGGGAGAAGUGAGCCUCCUCUGUAGUCGCCAUAAUGGAAACCAAAGAAUGCUUCUGCUUUGCCAUCAACUUCACCUUUUUGCUUGCAGUAUGUUUUGCUUGCAGGAGCUUUUUGACAAAGUCAUAAAAUGACUGUUGCUGACGUUUUCCAUUGGCUGAUUUCACAGACUUAAAGCAAGAGACCUCUGAACUGCAGUUAGGUCAUCUAAUAAAUUUAAGUUCAUGAUCUCACAGCCUUACAUUAGAUGGUUUAGUCAACCUUGUGUAAUCCUUUCCAGGAAUAAAAUCCCCAGUUUGGCCUUAUUCACCCCUCAUUCUUUGUAGAUUGCUUUUAGUGUUAAAUUAAUGUUGUGGUCCUUUUUCUACUGUUUCCAUUUUAAGUUGGGACUUGUAUAAAUAUGGAAAGUAGGUAUAACUGUACUGAUUUCAUCAUGUGAAGCCCAUGUAAAAGGUUCUGUUCGUUUUUAUUGAGUCUAAAAUAAUCUGACUAAAACAUAUCCUUUUUUAUUAUUAUUAAACUAGUUUUAUCUUGUAAUACAACAUCAGUUGCAAGGGAGUACUUUUGAGACUGUCCUCAAAAAGCAUAAAACAAAAAGGCACAUGUUUUUAGGUAUCCUACCUUUUCUUUCACAUACACCAAUUACGUAUCAUAUUGUUAAUGAGAACUGUUCAGAGAGGAAUACUGUGUCAGCAGUAAAUGUCAUUAUCUGUUAGGUCAUUGUGUAUUGAAUCUUUUUCUCUGUCUGACAUCCCCAUAGUUUUAAAUGUUGUGUUCCAUUCAUUGUCCAAUCCUCUCAGAGGUUCACAGGUGGUCUCCAGGUAAGGUACCUGUCAGACCUAGGUUUGUUUUGGUUAACAGAGAAUUAUACCCCCAAUCUCUUGUAGUUGUAAUUUGUUUUUAUGUUUGUUAUUUAUUUAAAAGCAUUUCUAAAUCACUUUUUUAAAAGGAAAGAAAAGCCCUAAGUGUUAUACAGAAAUACAGUAUAGAAGCAAUAAAAACAGAAAUUCAGUUAAUAGGGUUCAAUCUCAUAGGUUCAGGCAAAAAACCACAUCUUUACAAAACACAUUAGAAGCAACUGGUGGAUGAUGCUUCAGGUAUGGCACACUGACAGAGGGAGAUUGCUUUAAAAUCUUCAAGGCAUCAAAUCAGUGCGCUUCUCAUGAUGAGAACAAUGGAGUUAUAGGGUGGUGUUCAGCUUUACUCAGAACAGACUCAUUGAAAUUAAUAAUAUGACUAAGUUGAAUUCAUUAAUUUCAGUGGUGAAACUUAAUUGAAUACCAUGCAUAUUCCAAACCAUCUGGAAGGCACCAGGUUAGCAAAGGCUGAUCUGUACCCUUUAAAAAUGUGUGCUUCCCCAAGUACAGGUUGAAUCAUUUGUUAUGCUGCCUAGCAGCCAACACUUUAUAUCCAGUGCCAGUCAAUGAAUAAACAAGAGGGUAAGCAGCGGACACCAUAUGCCCCAGGUACAUAGUGGCCUUCUGCAGCUUUCCUUGACCCCCCUCCCCCCCAAAAAAGAGAUUGUAUGUGACCAGCUAAUACAUUUGUUUUCCUUAGAGUUCACUGAUUGAGUGUUUAAUAUGCUAAUGGAAAUCCCUAGUUUAUGGUGCACAUCUCUCUAUUCAUGGCCAUCUGUAUGAAGGGACGUCGUCUUUCAAAAGUUUCUUGUCCUAUGUCUUUUUAGACAAUUGUUACAAUCUAAUUUGAUCCAGUAGUGCAAAGUGGAAGAGCAUCUAGUCUAGUGUACAAAAGUUGGAAAUUAGUAUUGUGGGUUUUAGUGUGCCAGUGCUCUGGAAUAUGCCUUAGCAUGUGUGGUUUAGCUGGCUUGCCUCCUUGUUCUUCAGACAAGGAGCACAGGGAGGGGAGAGGCAGGAGACAGUAACUCUAAGGUCACCUUAAUGCAGUGGUUUUGAAACCUGAAUUUUAUGGGGAUACCCAUGUUUCUUCAGAAAUGUAUUGGGCGUAUCUAAUUGAGAAGAUGAGUAAUGCAGGAUAAACUACCCAGAAAGGCUGCUUGCACACAGUUACCAAAAUUCCCCUGCAAUGUGGCUGCAGGAAGGGAUUUGUGUCUCAAUGUGUGUGUUUUUUCCCCUCCCUCUCUCUGUUACACUCAGUUCAUAUGGGACAGGAUUGAGGCCCAGUAGACCUCUCCAAAAACUUUGUGCACCCCUGAACAUGUCCCCCAAAUCCUCUUCAGUUAAGCUGGAUUUCUCAACAUGGAAAGUAUUUCCUGUAGGUAGAAAGCUUGAAAUGGGACAAAUCUUUACUCAGUAACGAACAGUGUAAUAUUAAAAGAAUGAAAGUGUACUCUUGGUUUGUACACAUAAAGCUCCUUCGUGGGCCAUGGACGUUCUAGUUUCUUUAAGCAGCCCCUAUGAGGCUAGGUAACAUAACAAUAACACAUUGAAGCAGUGCUCAUUUUAAAGAAUUUCAAUAGAGCUGGCAUCUGCAACCCAUUAAAUGUUACAGAAGUAAUGCUUCAGAUGAACCUUUUCAGAUAUAUCUGCAAGACUCCUCCCUCUUAUCACCAGGCACCAGCCAUUAUAUCAGGCUGCAGCAGAGGAGGGGAUGAGAAGGGAUGCCGAGCCACUCGCAUUAGUGUAGCUGAGAGACUGGCAACAUCUGGUGCCACCUCUGCUUAAUCUGUUUCUACUCCAGCUCAUCAUUAGAAGAACUUGUAAUCAAGAACCUGUACAUGAAUUUGCUUAUUUAUUCUUCCUUCCCAGUCCAUUUGACUUUUAUAUUAUGUCUUUUUAGACUGUAAGCCUGAGGGCAGGGACAGUUCCUGUUUGUAGUCAUUAGUAAGAUCCUCUGGGACCUUUUUUGGCAGAACAGCAGAAUAAACAUAAAGUAAUACAACAAAGCAAUAAAAUGCUAUAUUGAGGGUUUCUGGACUUAACUUCUGCAGUGAAGAUUAGGGGUCAGGCAGGCAAAAAAUAAUCACCACCAUCUUUUGUACCUACCAGAUUAUUUUUGUGUGUGGACACUUGUAAGUGUGAGGAGGCUUAUCAGUAUCAGAAAUGUAGUUCCUCAACCACAGAACAUGAUUUUAACUUUGAAUAGCUGUCUAUUAAUGGAAAAGGAAUUCUGUUAAAUGCAUGCCUGCUAGUGUGUUCUAACACACAUUUUUAAAAAGCGGAUUGCCAUCCCUGUGCUUUGAAAAAUUUAUUGUUUUGGGGUUGUUGUUGUUGUUUUAGUACUGUUGAUACCCUUUGUCAGCUCUGAUGUAAGACUAGCUCAGUUUGGCUGCUCCUCUCGCUCAGCUAUAUUUAACUUUAUCUAGCGGUGUUUGAAUUUUCUUGUUCUUCCCUCACUAUACCUUUCCCCCACACUUCUGUGUUGCGUCAAAUGGUUAACUUUAAGGCAGGGAUUGUCUUUCAUCUGCUUUGCCUUUUGUUGAACGCUAGCAGGAGGCAGCAUGUGACACAAGUGUUCCAAGGUUUGCACAAGCACCCUGUUAUCUUCUGGGCUACGUUUAAAGUGCUAGUUAUUGUUUAUAUAGCAAUUGUGCAGCUUGCCCCCAGUCUAUCUUCUUAAUGCCUGUGCUCAUAUGAACCCUAGCAUGCUUUUUUCAGUGUCUUCCCAGGAGGCCCAGACUGCCUUCAAUAUCUGCCUGUUAGGUUAGUUGGGACCAAAGUGUAGCUUUUUGUGGUGGUAUCCCUGCCUUGUAAUUCCUUCCAUAACUCAUAGAACUGUAGAGUUGGAAGGGACCCCGAGGGUCAUGUAGUCCAAACCCUUGCAAUGCAGAUCUCAACACGCCGUCUCCCAUCCAAUUUGAAACCAUAAAAGACCCUGCUUAGCUUUGCAAAUGCGCUAGCGGUUUUAUUGCCAUGCCACUAGCUAGGUAUUGUCAUGCAUGUAAACUCCUUAGAGGUUUUAUUUACAAUUAAGUGGUAUGCAAAUUCUGUUAAAUAAGUAAGUAAGUAAGGCUUAGCCUGACAACUAAAAAUGUUUAUUUGGCUGAUACCUAGGACUUAACCCAGGACAACAUAAAAAAUACUAAGUACAUCUUUCAGAACCACCAGGGGCUUCAGUAUGGCAUGUGCAGGGAAGACCUGCUGCAGGCAGAAAUGGCAUGUAUAUUUCCAUGUACUUGUCCUUUAAAGCAACAAAAGUAUUGUAGGCCAAGAUGCCCAUUUGCAAAGCUGCUUGAGUUAAUCUCCACAGUAAAAAAUUUACUUGGUUGAUGGAAUAAAUAGUGCAGAUAUUGGGAGCUCUGCUUGAUCAGACCAAAAAUCCAAAUAGUUUAGCAUUUUGCUGGAACCCCAGAAAGAGGAAAUAAAGCUGAUGGUCUUCUCCCAAAGUUGCUCCUAGUUGCUGGUAUUUAGUGGCAAAUUCCUCAUGAACCUAGAGGUUGCAUAUAGCCAUUAGUCAGGAUUCUAAACAUUAAUGUUGGACAACCAUUACAUUCCUUGAAGGAAACCCCUUUGUCACAGGCUUCUACUUUCAGACAGAAGUUUUUUUGCCUAGUAUACUUGUUUUAGAGCAGAAUUAUCUAAAUAAAGCUGCAAAGCAUAUGUUAAACAUCACUGACGGAGACUGUCACUAAAUACUAAAUUAAAAUUUGAUCUUUGUUAUGGCUCUUCAUUUAUCACAUGGUAUACUACUUUGGAUUAUUGCCUUCAAUAAUGCAUGAAGCCUACAUUAAAACAUUAUUGUUUUGCAGUAUAUGAUAAUUUACAAAAAAGUCUCUUAAAUAUUUGAUUGGUGUCACCAGAAAUCUACAGGUGUCUGUUUUAACUUUUGAUUAUAGGUUCUGUAUGGUAUGCAUGUUGCACUAGUUAGCGUCCGUUUUUCAUUUUGCUUAUGACUUUGCAAGUACAGUGUUGUAUGUCCAUUCACUAAUUUACAUUGGGAUGGAAAUCAAGAUUAAACAUUGUCUUUGUGUUCUGGGCUCUGUGAAGGAAAUGGUUGCAGGCAUGCUAAAAACUGAGUAGAAAUAAGCGAAACAUAUUAUCUGGGGAACAAGAGAGCGAAUAAAAUCUGGUAACAAAACAGUGGUGGUUUUUUUGGGGUUUUUUUUAAAGCAGGGCAUUAAUUCUGCUUUUAAAACGUGUGUUUGCCAAGUAAAAAUAUAGCAUGCCUUAAAAUUGUGGGGGUAGGGGUUGGGGAAUUAUGCAAUCUGCGAAAAUGAGUCUCCUUGCUCACGGCUUCUGCCAAGCAAUAAAGCUGAUGUAGCAAACAAUUUCUGGACUGCCAAAAAAUGAAUGUUCUCAAUGAAAUGUUUUUUCUCCCUUCUCUUCUUAGGCGCCUCAUCACAGAUUCAAAGGUUAAAUUAAAGUACCAGCAUUUAAUAACUAAUAGUUUUGUAGAGGUGAGUGUUAUGUUUCAAACUAUGCUGAAGAGACAGGCUGUGAUUUGAGGGCUUUCGCCCAUCUCUUUCUUGUCUUACACAGCAGGCAUUUACAUGUAGUUUUCAUGUCAGAUUUUGUGCAGUUGUUAGCAGAGGUUGCUUCCCCCACCCCAAUUAACAGGGUUGAUCUUACAUAGGCUCAUACUGAUAGUGUUAAGCUUUUUGUUAAUAGGUGGCAUGAUUUUAGCUAGAAUGCUGCUUUAAAUACAAAAAUACUUUAAGCUGGAACGGUGCUUUAUAGCACAGCAUUCUGCAGCAGAAAUUUGAAAUCCCAGUGCCUAAUGUAAUGGCUAUAGACAGCUGUUCAGGAGAUUAGAGAAGGUAAUAGUUCUUAAAGGCACAUUGCUGAUUAUGUGCCAGGUAUUUCAAGCACUCGAUUUAUGGUCCUUUGAGAACAACUAGGCACAAACUUUUUGUGUCUUCAUCAGAACCUAGAGCAGGUACUUCUGAACUGAAUCCAGUAUUACUGUGGGGUGCUACUUAAGCAGAUCUGUUACAACUUUAGAAUUGGUGAACCUUUGAGGAAACACAAAAACAGCCUUGCUUGUUGUCCCCUCAUUUGUAAUAAAAGGAUUUUUGAAGUCAAUUUGUGGAAUGCCGGUGAAGCCUAAGCUGAAGAGGACCGAAGAAUCACAAUAAGCGACAUGUGACCCUCAAUUCAAUCUUUGUUAAUGUGCCUGCACUUGUGUGACGCUAAGCCACAAAACUGCCAGGUUCUCCUGAGCAGACGACACAUGUGAGCGGCCCAUAUGUGAACAUCACGGACCUUUGGCCCCCUAAAAAUUAAACCACUCAACAUGAAAGAUGAGCCAUUUCUAAAACUGCCUUGUCGAGCUACCUUGCUUGUUUUUGAGCUGAAAUUGAGAUUCUUAAAGCUUUGCCAAAGGGAACAAAAUACCUUAGGAUGGAUGGGUGGCUGUCUUUUAGGCUUUUAGAUUAUGACCUUUAAGAGUAUCUUAAUUUGCUUUUGUCAUCAGAAUGGAUUUUCUUAUAGGUUGCAUUUGUAGUCUUGGUUACAGUUGGGAAGGUUGGUGGGGGACUAAAUUGAUUAUCUGGAAUUGGUUCUAUUUAGAAGGUCAUCCUGGGCAACAUUGGUGGCCCCCAUCUCAUUUUAUAAUUGAUACUGUGAAAUUGGCUUGGCGUAUUCUGCUUGGCUGUUGGUGUGGAGGGACAAGGACUAUACCAAAAUGAGAAUUGUGGCAUUUUCCUGUCAGGAUGAAACAAAGCUUUGGCUAAAAGGAGACUUCUGGGGAAAUGGAAGGGAAAUACCACACUUUGAUAUCUUUAAUUCUGGUCAAUUUCCAAGUAAGAUCUGGUAGCUUUUUAUUUUUGCAGUGCAAUCGGCUGUUAAAAUGGUGUCCUGCUCCAGAUUGCCACCAUGUUGUUAAAGUUCAGUAUCCUGAUGCUAAGCCUGUUCGCUGUAAAUGUGGCCGUCAGUUUUGGUAAGCAAACAUUCCUUGUGUUGGGUUAUAAUGAUUUUGGAUUACUUACCACUAAGUGGAAGGUGGUUCCUGUUUCUCUUGAAAUGACAAGUUGCCUUGGUAGGCCUAUUCAUGCUGAUUACCAGCAAGCCAAACACUGCCCGUUGGGAUCUGAUAAACUUGAGAGUUUUUGCGUCCUGUCUGGGAUUGAAAAAUUGAGGUUCUCAAGUGCCCGUCAAGCCACAUUACCUUGCUGGUAUAAUGUUUGGCUUAGUAGGUAACACUUACAGUUGCUUAAAUUAGAGCAAACCUGUAAAUUUUAGUGUUGCAUAACUAUAGACAGUGUAAUAUGUAUAAAUCUUUUUAUUUUUACAGCUUUAACUGUGGUGAAAACUGGCAUGAUCCUGUUAAAUGCAAGGUGAGCACUUUAAGUGUCUAUGGCAGAGUGCUAGAAAAAUAAACUAGCCUUUCUGCUUAAAUAUCAGAGUUGUAGUGUUGUAAAAUACUUUGAUGAUACUUAGCAAGCUAUUCAGACAUCUUUGCCAUGGUUACCUGUUUAGUUUCCCUUAACUUGUGUGUAAUUCACCCUGAACUAUUUGACUCUGGGUAACAAGUGUAUGAAAGAACAGUCCAUCUUGACUGUAACAACAAAAUAAGCACUCCUCCCCUUAGUUCAGAUCUUUUAUUUCCACCUAGAGGGUAUUUGACACAAACAUGAAGAAAAUCAUAGUUGUAAGACAUAUCCACGAUACAUAAUUAUUCGAAGGUUUAUUCUGGAAUCCUGAUGUGUUAUCUUGGAGUGUUGGAUCUGAAUGGGCAAGCCUUGCUUAACAGGAUAUGAUGUCCAGUUCAGAGGAGCCUGUGAGCCAUGAGGUGCAGAUGCACAUUUCUCUGUGGGCUUUUUCACCACUUCUCUUGUUUUACAAUUCUUUUUUCUCUCUCCUGACAGUGGUUAAAGAAAUGGAUUAAGAAGUGUGAUGAUGACAGUGAAACUUCAAACUGGAUUGCAGCAAACACAAAGGUUUGGUAGCAUCACAUUUCUCCUUAAAACAUACCGUAUUGGCCCGAAUAUAAGCCACACCGCAAAUAAGCUGCAGCUUUAAAAUACGGAGGCUUGGGAGCCGCGUAUGGGCUGCGCACCAUUGCCCCGUGCUCCCGGGGGGGGUGGGUGGGUGUGGCUUUGCCAGCGAAUAUAAGCUGCACUUUAACUUUUCACAAUCGGAAUUUGGAAAAAAAGGCUUAUAUUUGGGCCAAUAUGUUAGAUGCUCAAAAUUUCACACUUGCAGAGCUGCUUUUCCCUUACAAAGACAUAACUGUCAAAUCUUGAACUUCCAUUGUGAGUAGUGAGGGGUAAGUCCUCCAUGUAAAUAAUGGGCUGUGUUUUCCUACCCCCCCCCCACUUCAAAGUUCACAGUGAAGCCAAACAUUACCACCAAAAGGUACAACAGGCUUCUGUCUAGCUCUACGUAAAAUGAGGCUUUUAGAGCUAAAUUGAAGGGAGGUGCCAAAUUGGCAAACAUCACAGUACUUUAUAUAUUGAGAAGUACUUACAUGUGGUUUGCUGAGUAUAGGAAUACAGAAAAUUGCUUUAGACCAAAUCAGACCAUUGGUCCUACCUAGCUCAGUAUUGCCUAUGGAGACUGACUGUGGCUGUCCAGGAUUUCAGAGUUUGGCCAUUCCCAGCCUUUAUGUGGUGAUGUGAAGGGUUAGACCUAUUACCUUUGGUUUGCAAAACAUGUGCUAUUUCACUUCACAACGACCCAUCCCUUUAGUAUGUUCAUUCAGUGCAUGUGGAACCCAGUCUCACUGGACUUCAAUCAGUAGAUCUAGAAUGUGUUUAAUAUCAAGUGUCAAAACUGAGCAUGACAGACACACACACACACACACACACACACAAAUGUCCCAUUACUUGCAAAUGGCUUCCUAUCUAAGCUAUCCCAUGAAUGGAAGAAGUGCAACUUUUCCUGGCAUUGACCUGUUAUUUUGUGCUAUUAUAUUGCUAUAAGACUACCUUUUCACUACAUUGCUAAGGCAGCAUGGGAAGCCAGCAGACAGCUGAAUGUGUAACCAGAAGAGCCACUAUUGCAAAUGCUUUGUAACAUCACAAAGCACUGUCUGCAUCCUUCCCCCUUUUUUAAGUUGGAAGACACCCACUUUUAUUUCUUUCCACCACUCUUCAUACCCGUCACAGGAAUGCCCUAAAUGCCAUGUGACCAUAGAAAAGGAUGGAGGCUGCAAUCACAUGGUCUGUCGGAACCAGAAUUGUAAAGCAGAGUUCUGCUGGGUGUGUCUUGGCCCCUGGGAACCUCAUGGGUCCGCCUGGUAAGUUUAAAUGAAUUCCUCCCAAGCUUUCUUUAUGUGUCUAAUUGUACUGCCAUGUUUUGUUUCUGUACCCUGCAAAAAUAAUUUCUGUGGGAGAAAAAACACAGAGCAGUAGCUGGUGCACAUGUCUAUACUUCUUAGGGUGAGAAAGGUCUGGGCUGUUUCUUGUUUAGCCUCUGCUCAAGGUAUCAGAGGAGCUUAUUAUGUUCACAGUUAUGUACUGACCAAAGAAUACUUGGAGCCUCAAGAGUGGCAAAAACAAAAGAAGUUCUGGAAACCACUUUGCUCAUAAAAAUCUUUUUUUCAGGUACAACUGUAAUCGCUAUAAUGAGGAUGAUGCAAAGGCAGCAAGAGAUGCCCAAGAGGUGAGUCCAUAACUCUUGGUGACCAAUAUUAUCAGCUUCAGUAAGAUGGUUUGGCCUAGCAUUUCACUGUGCUUGCAUUUUCCAGUUGAGCACUGCUAGCUUUCAAGCUGAACUCCACAAAACUGUUACACUUUGACACAAGAGGCCCACCCAUUUUGUUACUGGUUCCUGAUGUUGUCCUGGCCAACUUGUAAAACUAUCCAACUUGAGCACUGGAAGCAGUAAUCUCGGUAUGAAUAUGCCCAACCCCAUAUCCUAAAAGCCAAACCCUUCUUGGCAGUUGCUUAUUGCUGAAAGAGGUUUUCUACCAGAUUAAUUUAUGUAUGGAUAUCAUUUCUAUCUAGGCAGUUUAUUUCACCAUGUUGCACUUGGGCAGUUUUGCCACAGAACCCACUGCCAAUCAGAUCUUUCUGCUAUGUAUUUAUAUGGAAAAAUAAAAAUGUUCGUUCAUCACAUGACCGGGUACAGUGGUGCCUCGCAAGACGAAAUUAAUCCGUUCCGCGAGUCUCUUCGUCUAGUGGUUUUUUCGUCUUGCGAAGCAACCCUAUUAGCGGAUUAGCACUAUUAGCGGUUUAGCGGCUAAAAGGCUAUUAGCGGCUUAGAAAAAAGGGGGGGAAAGCGAAAAAAAUCUCAAGACUCGCAAGACAUUUUCGUCUUGCGAAGCAAGCCCAUAGGGAAAUUCGUCCUGCGAAGCGCAUCGAAAAACGGAAAACCCUUUCGUCUAGCGGGUUUUUCGUCUUGCGAGGCAUUCGUCUUGCGGGGCACCACUGUAUAUGCAGCUUAUCAGGUCCACAAAUGUGGCAAGUAGAGAAUUGCAACAAAAUGAAGUAUAUCCUAAGUCCCUGUUCAGGGCUCAUGAUCCUGUAGCACUGUUUGGGGAUUGCAAGGGACUCUUUAUUUUCUUUUCUACCUGCUUAAAACUCUCUUCUGUGUCACAUAGUGCCAACAAGAUCAGACUCAAAGCAAAAGGAAUACUGUGGGACUUUGAGAUAAGAACAUUGCCCUGUUGUGGCCACAUUUGCCUUGAGGCCCCUCAUUUAUAGGGCAAGUCAAUCUGCUAUUACUCUGUUUUAACUAUUGAUUUUCUUUUUCCCUAAUGGGAAUUAACACAGCGAUCCAGAGCAGCCCUGCAGAGGUACCUCUUCUACUGCAACCGUUACAUGAACCAUAUGCAGAGCCUGCGCUUUGAGCACAAACUCUAUGCCCAAGUCAAGCAGAAAAUGGAGGAGAUGCAGCAGCACAACAUGUCAUGGAUCGAGGUCCAGUUCCUGAAGAAAGCAGUCGAUGUCCUCUGCCAGUGUCGUGCCACACUCAUGUACACAUACGUCUUUGCCUUCUACCUCAAAAAGAAUAAUCAGUCCAUUAUCUUUGAGGUAAGGAGAGUUUACCAGACAUUUUUUAACCCAGCUGUUCGGUCCUAGCAUAGCGUAAGAGUCCUGUAGGAUCUGAUCAAGGCUUAUUUAGUCCAAUAUUCUGUUCGCACAGUGGCCAACCAGAUGCCUAAGGGAAUCCCACACAUAGAACAUGAGCUCAAUAGUCCUCUUCCAAUCCUUUUUCUUAGUAACCAGCAAUCCAGAGUCUUAUUGCCUCAGAUUCUGAAGCUAGUUAUAGUAGCUGUUGAUGAGUAGCUCAGCUGUAUAAUUAUGGUCCAUUGGAUGAGUGACUUGUGCAGCCCCUAAAUUGGACUGCCCCUAAAGUUGUUACAGAAACAACUAUGUGAUUUUUUCCCAGCGGCUUUGUUCUGAAGGCCUUUUCUGUGAUGGCUCCAGAGUUGUGUAGUCCUGUUUGCCACAAACUCUGUAUGUGUUCCUUAGUUAAACAAAAACAAUUUCAUGCAAGUGCCUGGGGUGAUUGGCAACAUAAGCUUAUUAACUUUGUUGAUUAUUUACCACAUCCCACUUUUCAGCAAAAGCAUCUGCCAGUGAUUUACAACUUAAUACAAUGGCUCACUUCUUUGCAAACUUAAGAUGGGGGUGGGCAUACAUGAUGCAAAACAGUGGGUCAGGUGUUAACGUACAUACAUACAUACAGGCAUAAUUUUCAUCAUCAUCAAUCUUUAUUACGGUCCAGAGACCCAACAAAACAUUACAAAUUAAUACAGAGUUCAUACAGUCUACCUCCAGGUUAAUCAAGCACUUUGUUUGGAAUAUAGGGCUCGUUUGUUCUUGCAACCACCGAUAAAAACUUUGCCACUGCCAACGUUCUAGCUUUUGUCCGGUCUUCCAGUAGGAACCUGACAUAGUGAGCCUCUGACUUUCCCGGGAAAGGCACCAGCAAGGGUAGUAUCAGUUCAGCUCUGGCCUGCUCAUACUUCGCACAAUGUAACAAAAUAUGAUCUAUGGAAUCGAUGUCUUGAGCACACGAGCAAAGUCUGUCCUGGUAGGGAACUCCUCUCAACCUACCAUCCAGCACUGCAGAGGGGAGACAUUCAGUCUGGCUUUGGUGAAAAGCCUUCGAUAGUUAGGUACUGUUAGGUUUUUGAUGUAAGAUGUUAACUCAAAGACAUACCCAUAUUGAACUCCUGCUGCCAGCGGACUACAGACUGCGUGUGACCGAGAUCGCAAGUCACUGUGUGCAUUGUCCCAUAAUCUUUGCUUUAAAACCUUUUGGGCGCCUUCAUAGCCCAGGUAAUACAGUUGGGGGGGAGACAGACCAAUAGAGGUGGCUUUUUUAGCCAUGGUUUUCUGCCAUUUGCUGACAAAUUCCUCAUUGGUCAAAUGUUGGUACAGACCCUUCCCUAGAUUAAACACUGAAAUCCUGAGCCAAUGUUUUAGGGCAGCCCACCACGCUCUAGCUGAAAUUGGGCAUUCACCAGCUUCCAACAGAAGUAUGGAGUUAGGGACGCAGUUUGGUACCUGCAGCAGAGAUCGUAUAAAUUUUGCCUGAAAGCCAUCUAGCUUUGGCAGGUCCCCAUUAUGCCAGACAUUUGCUGCAUACAGGAGUUGGGAAACGGGCUUUGCGUUGAAAACCCUUAAGGCAUAAUUUUAUUUGUACGCUGCCUUUCCACUGAUCAGACCCUGCUCAGACCCUGCUCAAGGCUGCUGACAACAGGAAAAAAUACUUAACUAAAAUAUAAAAGUAGCCAUAAACAAUAAAUAAAACAUUAAAAAUGCACAACCAAACUGAACAAUUUUCACAUUAAUCAUAAGAUUUAAAAUAAAUAUACAAAAACAAACAAAAAAAGCCACACAUCAACAACAGGGGGGAAAUUCACAGCAAAACCCCACAAACAGUUCUCCUGCCCAAGAGUCCCUUCAGCAGCCUCAACUUUUUUUAGCUGGAGUCAGUCUGGGCCCCACCCUCCCAGGCCAGGUGAGAAAGGCCUGCAAGGCAGGGAGCAGGUCCUCCAGGACUCCUUGACAAUCUGCAAAUCACCAGCAUUCUACUGAUAGAACCUGAUUGGUCUGCUUUCUGGCCUGCCCUGACUAGAGACAGAAGAAGUAAAUGCAAAUUCAGCUCUCACAAAACUCAUGUAAUGAAAUUAUAUAAUGACCAGGUGGAGGGUCACUGCAGGAGGCAAUUCAGAGAGGGGAGGAACACAAAAAGACAGCUGUUUCUAGUUUGUUCUUUGUUUUUAUGCACUUUAAUUUCACAUUGUUGUAAGCCACCUUGCAAAGUGUCCUGUUGAAGAAUUCCAAUAAACAUGGGAAAGGGGUGUUUGUUUGUUUGUUUGUCUGGUUUUUUUUUUUUUUUUAAAGUUUGCCAGGAAUAUACCCAUAACUAUUCAAAAGUCAGAAGUUGUGGAGUUUCUUCAGAAUGGUGGGAAUCAAAGUUUGUUUUAGAGAUACAUAACUUGUCUGUAGAGUCUCCUUGCCUUUUGAAUGCCUUCUCUAGGUAGGCCUGCUUGGUACCCUCAUUGCUAUCAUUUAGGAACUAAGCAAAGUGACAGCAACGAAAAACAACUACCAAAUUUAGCUCUCGUUAAUUUGUAGCAGUUUUGAUUUUUACUUUCUACUCCGAUAAACUUGCUGUUUUAGUUGGUGUCUCUACAGCUUAUUUUCUUUUUUAUUGUAUUUUAAUACCUUAUUACUUUGUUAGGCACUCUAGCAAUAUAAACUUAUGUUUAUAUUGUCUACCAUAUUGAGUCAACCCGAGAUCCCAUUGUAUCCCAGCAUAAACAAAAAGUUGCUUCUUGAUCUUAGGAACCAUUGUGCAAAAUUUGUUCACGGUAUCUUAAGAGGUGUCCAAAUGCAUAGUGAGUAGACAAACCACUUUCCAAACACAUGCAAAUAAAUAAAUUUCAACUUGCUGUAUUACCAAAAGUGCAAUAUAGGUACGUUUCGGAGUUAUAAAAGGAAGUGUAAGCAAAUUCACAAUUUAACAAGUAAAAAUUGCCUCUCAUUCCUUCAGCCUUGCCACAAAGGCAAUCUUUAAUAUUAGAUUUCAUUUCCUGUGGGAUAUCAGAACAGGAGCAGCCCAAAAAUGUCAACAGUGUUGUCCUUGCUACCUCACCAAUUAACAAGUGUAGGGGUGGGGCCCACUUCUAGGAAACUUAACAAAUGCCACAAAUGGUGAGUGGAGUCAGAGACAAAUGUGUGUGGAGUAACUAAUAUAAAUUUUACCUUAUUACAGUGUUAGUUUUUACAUACCCACCCAAUAUGCCUCCAUCCAUAUGAGCGAGAGGCAUUAUCAGAACUCAAGGACACAUUUGAGUCAGAUGAAAACACUCAGUGAUGCUGUAAAGCAAGAUCAGUGAGAGGCAUGAGCUGGUGAUAAUUUUGAGAGCCAGAUAGAAAGGCCUGGUUGGUAAAUAGGUUUUUUCUUAGCUUAUAAAAUGCAAAAUAAUUAACUGCUGGAGCCAAUUAUAAUAUAGCUUCCACCUGACUUCCAAGACAGGAGCAGUGAAUUGGUCACAUAGAUAAAUGCCCUUAAGAAUUGUGAUUUCUUAAUGGGAAAGAGUAAUGGCUGUUGGUCAGAAGUCAUGAUUGCCCAGAAUAACAUCUACUUGGUUUGCAACCACAAGAUGGUUUUGUCUGCCAGUAGUACUAUAGAAGGUGAUGGUAAGUUUUCCAGUACGUUAGUGUGUUUUCCUGCCUGCUAUUCAUACAACCAAAUGAGAGAACCGCAGUAAGACUAGAAAAAUAUUCAAAGUAGGUUUCAAUGAGUAUUUGCUAGCAAAAGGGAUAAAUUCCAUUCAUGUGGUGAUUCUCAAUUCAAGGAACUGCUUAAGUUUAUUAAAAGUGUGCCUUGUAUUUUGCCUGCCUAGAAUAAUCAAGCAGAUUUGGAAAAUGCUACCGAGGUCCUUUCUGGGUAUCUGGAGCGAGAUAUAUCUCAAGAUUCACUGCAAGACAUAAAGCAGAAAGUGCAAGAUAAGUACAGGUAUGUUCCUUGUUCAAAACUGAUGGAUUGUUAAUUCAUUUCAUGUGCCAGUCUCUUAGGCAUUAAAGGGGCUUGACUUGCAGGAAAUGGCUGAGAGAAAUUCUGCUGCUUACUCCCAAUAUAAUCUGUGGUGGAGGGAGGCUAGCCAGCUAACUUUCUGUGUUGGCCUUCAACCAGGUUUCCUGAUCGACUGCUGCUCUUGAAUCAAGCAGCUGGAGACAGCAGCAAGUUGCAGAACAUGGGAAAAAUCAAGUUAGCCUGCCCUGUUUACAGGGGCUUCUUGGCUGUUAACAUUUUGAAUUGUUACCUAGCAAGCGAAUCCUUAUUUUUUUGCUGGCUCUUGAGCUGAAGGAGGCCACUGACCUCAGGUUGCAUGCAAUAUGGUUUUCUGUUGCUUUAAAGGACAUGAUCUUGCCUUUAUGAGUGAAUGAGAAAUUGGCACAUGGGACUGGUUUUGUGACACAGUUGUGCCUUAACCUUAACGUUAAAGGUAAAGGGACCCCUGACCAUUAGGUCCCAUCACGGACGACUCUGGGGUUGCGGUGCUCAUCUUACUUCAUUGGCCAAGGGAGCCGGCGUACAGCUUCCGGGUCAUGUGGCCAGCAUGACUAAGCCGCUUCUGGCGAACCAGAGCAGCGCACGGAAACGCCAUUUACCUUCCCACCGGAGCAGUACUAUUUAUCUACUUGCACCUUGACGUGCUUUCGAACUGCUAGAUUGGCAGGAGCAGGGACCGAGCAACGGGAGCUCACCCUGUCGCGGGUUUGAACCUCCGACCUUCUGAUCAGCAAGUCCUAGGCUCUAUGGUUUAACCCACAGCGCCACCCGCGUCCCGCCUUAAAGGGAUCACAAAGGUAGUUUUUACACCUACAAGGCAUGGUUCCUUGGGAUUUCCUUGGGAUAACAUUUUUGCAGAUGAAGGGUUUAGUUUAGUUUGUGUCACAUGGGAGGAGCACUGUCUCAGCCUACAAAAUUCCAGGUUGUAAAUAUUGUGCCGCCCUCACAGUUAAUAGGCUCCCCUUUUAAGAAAUUGGGCCAAGACCCAUGCUUAGCAAAUACAGCGUGAGUUCAACUGUCUUAGCAUUAAUAAGCAUAGUGAUUAUAUGGUAAUAGGUCCUGCCUUCUCUGCUUCAGCGCAUAAUCUCUCCCACCUGUGAAAUUAUCCAGAUGGGAGGCCCUUUGUCUUUGUUUCCGUUCUGAGCAAGGUAAAGGUAGACAUUCCCACUGCGAGCCGCUGUUGACUAAACUAUUUCCAUGCUGCCUUGAAAUGCAUUGUGUGCGAAAUAUUCAGCCUUUGUUUUCUUAACUGUAACUGUGCGCCCUUCCCCUUGCAGAUACUGCGAGAGCCGGCGAAGGGUUUUGUUGCAGCAUGUGCAUGAAGGCUACGAGAAGGAUCUGUGGGAGUAUAUUGAGGACUGAGACUGGCCUGCAUAAAACGAACUCUGAAAACCUUUUACCAUCUAGAGUGCUCAUGCAAUUAAAGCAAAACACACACAAAAAGGGGCACUACGCCUAUUACACCGCUGGUCUGUAGUACCGGAAUUCUGUUUUUGUUAAUGGAAAAAAAUUUAAGUAAAUUAUAUUGUAAUAAAAAAGGUAGAUAAACCAUUGUACAACAGUAUUCUAGGUGGCCAGUAAGUGUGACAGACGCACUAAGAAAAACAAAACAACCCUCCAACUUUAACUUGUAAUGUAGCUUCAUUCUCCAAGCUGACUUCCCCUCCCUCCUUCUUUCUCCUAUGCGUAUUACAGAUAAAACUUAAAACAGUUUCUUGACACUGCUUUUCAUGUCCAACCAGCCAUUUUGAUGUACUUUGGUAUGAGAUUUCCCCCUCCCUCUCCCCUUCUCUACUCUCCCCUCCUCCCCCCACAUGCACCAGUUCAUGGGUGACUGUUGUUUGGCUUAUUGUAAAGAGGAUUUGGGGCGGGGGGAGGCGGGGCACACAGCAAGGAAAAACUUUGUAUAUGACUUUUAAAAAAACAAAGAGGACAACACAGUAUUUUUCAAAAUUGUAUAUAGCGCAUAUGCAUGGACAAAGAGCAAGCGUGGCACGUGUUUGCAUAAUGUUUAAUUACAAAAAUAUUUAUUCUUUAAAAAUCUUCAAGAUGAUGUCUAUUUGCUGUGCAUUUUUCUUUCAUUUUGCUUUUUACCUGAGAUUGGGAUGGGGGGCAGUGUGUGCUGCUGUAACAAAUCUUUCCCUUUCCUUCUCUCUCUCUCUCUCUCUCUCUCUCUCUCUCUCUCUCUCUCUUUCUCUCUCUUUGAGAGAUUUUGAUUUCCUUCUUCCUCCUCCUGCAGCUCCUUUGCAACUAUUCCAUGGUUUGGGUGUGUUCAUUGCUGGCAACGGACACCGUCCCAUUUGCACUUCAGCUUCUGAUGCAAACUGGUUUACCUUGGUGUGUGUUUUUAACGUUUGGAAAUGAAAGUGUAGUGAUUCUGGCUGCUUUGUCUUUUUGCUCAGAAUAGCCAUCCCUCUUGUCCAUUUCCAUGCAUGUCCAACAUUCACCUUACACCUGGAUCAUCGUCAUACAUAGGAAGUGUUAGGAAUUUUCCUCUGUGGAUUGAAGUGCUCAAAUGGAACAUUCCUUGUUGCUUUGUCUUGUCAGUUGUGAAACACCGAAAAAAGGGAGACGGAGCUCCUCUGGGUCACGUUUUUGCGGCUUGGUUGUUGGAAAAAGUGCCUGAUACAGCAAACACUCAUCUAGUUGCAAGGAUCUGCAGUCUCUGAAGUCAUUGGGGUAUUUCCCCUCUCUCCCCACCCCACCCCACCCCAGUGAGAGGGAAGAGUGAGUGAGUUUCAUCUACACAGUCCUUUUUUGUAAUAAAAGCUAUGAUAAAGCACCACUUGGAAGCAAUUUGUUUAAAAUCUGCUCCUGCGUUGUGUGGGUACUUUUCCACGAUGGCAGUGUUUUACACUUUCAAGUUGAAAGAGAGAAAAAGUAGAUCUGCUAAAGCGGUAUUUAAAGCCAGUUUCUGCUGCUCGUUCAAGUAGAGAUUGUGGCCCGGAUCCAAAGAUCUGCUCAGCUAGUUCCAUGAGUCCCCAGUGAUGGUUUGGCUUGUGUUUCCAGAACAGCAGCCUCCUAUGUCAGCUGGCAAAGACUUCUGAAAAGAAAAGGAACUGCAGCAAGCAUGUGAAAUAUUUCUGAGCGCCUGCUCUUGAAAAGAGUAAUAAGAUUUUGCUGAGCUCUUGGGUUAAUCUAAUGCUGCCUAGCUUGUUUGUUGAGCGGUACAGUAAGAAGCCGAGCUUUGCAUCUGUUCACACGUAACUUAUCUGGCAGGGCUUAUUUAGUUGCUUGCUGCCCAUCUGCAAUGUCCCAAAAGCUGAAUCGGGCAGAAGCUAUAGAGGGAAGAGGAACCUCAGCUUUGACUUGGUAACAUUGCAGUGGAAGAUGAGUUCUCGCCUUCAGUGGGGUGUGAAUAUUUAUUCAAAGAAUUCCACUCCAUUAAACUGAGUGUGGUGCAACUGUUGCUUGGAUACUUCUCCUUCUAAGGCUUUCUGUCAUGUCUUUUACUAUGCUUUUUGCACACUGCUGCUCAGACUGAACUUCCAGUCUAGUUAAGAUUUCUUUUCCUUGUUCUUUUAGCAUCUUUGCCUAGAACUGGGCUGAUUGGAACAGGUGGCCCUGCUGUGUGGGUGUGUAAAUUGGAUGAAUGUGUUCCAUACUUUCAGCAUUUCCCCCAGAUUUUUCUCAUUUCUAAACACCUUGCUCUUGCCAUACCCUCCCCCCGUCCAUUUUUUUUUAAAAAAUCCAAAACUGUAUAUAAAUCUGCUGUAUCUUCCGCUCCUGAGGAUCGUACACUUAAUUUUGGAAAACUUUCUAAAACUCUGUGGGCUUUGGAGUGAGAUCACUUGAACAGAAGCUCUUGUAAAGGCUUGCUCAUCAACCCUAGACAGUUUUCCUCCUCCUCUCCUUUAAGCAGUCUCUUCUUUCCUUAAAAAGCAAAUACUUGGCAAUGAAGAUGCUACUCAAGCUUUGGUUGGUGCAAUAUGCUUAAAUAAUGGUUUGUGUUGACUUUAUCAUGGGCUAAUUGAAUGAGGGCCUCUAGCCACACACAACAGGAGAGCAGAGCAUGGUCUGUAUUUAGCACCCACCCUCUUUUCUGUUCCACCUAAUUCACUGCAGCUGUUUGGGGUUUUUUUUUUUUUUUUUGGUAGUGUAUGUAUCAGACAGUCUUAAUUUUCAAAACCAUUUAACCCUGAAAUGUUUUAGUACAACUGCUGUGUUAAAAAACAGUUAUUGCGUGAGACAAGAGCAGUGCUCUUUGGAGAACCUUUCCAUGGACAGGAGGAUUUUGUUAUUCAGCACUUGGGGGUUGGUAUGACAAUCGGACUGGGCUGUGAAGGACUGAAGACUUGUAAUCUUCUAAUUUUUCCAUCUAGAGAGCACCUCAUGCUGUGGAAAUAACUGUUAUUAGACUUCAUUGUAACUGCUGGACUGUUCUGUGUUAAGGCUAAACAGAGGGAGAGAAAGUGUUCCUAAUUCUAAUAAACUUUUAUUUUGUUAUUUCAUUAGUUUU